AUGGCGCACAUAGAGAAGUUCCUUUCUUCUCAACCACUUAUGCAAGACCACAAAACCCCAGCCACUAAAGGUGAUAUAGCAGAUCUAAGUGACAUAAAAAAAGUUAUUUCAUGACCUUGUCAAGGAGGAGAUCUGGACUGUGAUGGAGAGAAUUCUGGCUGUUGAAAAGAACACUGCUAUGGGAAAGUGUGCAGACACGGUAUGGGAAGCUGAUUGACUUCAACCUUAAUGCUGUGAAUUGACAACAAGAAUGACUGUGGCAUCUAUUAAAGAACAACUAUCACCUCAGAAUUAUUUUUUAUAUAAUCCUUUCACCACGUUUUGAAAGGAAAUAGAGUUUUUCAACUAAUUUUCAUGUAAAGAAAUUAAGGGGAUAAAAAUCAUCCAUACCUUUAGUAUAUGUCCGGAUCUUUCAGCAAUAUAUAUGCGCCUUGGACCAGACCAUUUUUGAAAAGCGAGUUGCUCACCAAUAGAUCUUCACAAAAGCAGAGUAGACCAGGGAGACAAACUGUCAGUUUUCAAAAGCUAUUUGACCCAGGGAGCAUGUAUAUGGCUGAAGGAUCCAGUCGUAUAAAAAAGAUAGGGAUGGAUUUCUAUCAUACUUUUAUACUAUAUUAAUAAAUUUAUUUCCUUUUAAACGUGAUGAAUGGAUUAUUACUAAAAAAAAAAAUACAUUUUAGGUAAUGCUGUCCUCUAAAGUUGUUUUUGUGCCAAGACUGUCCUUUUAAGGUAUUCUUCAUGGAAUGACCUCCUAAGGGAACCCCUGAUUUAAAACUGUGUCUUUCAGCCACCACUGCGAAGAUAGCAGUUCGGCUGAUCCAUAUACUAAUGCAGGCACUGUUUCAGGAACGCCCCUUGCAGAACUGUGCUGUGCUGUUGAUACCAUCUUACAGUGCCAAUAGUAGAGGAUGGCAAAUCUAGAAGACAUUUAGAUGACAUGGCAAGGAAUAUAAUUGAUCUGAAUAUUAAACAGAUUAUGCAAUGGGGUUUAGUUUCAUGCAGGAACUGGGGUGCAUUAAAAACUGAUUUUGAGAAACGUACCAAAAUAGCAGUGUGGGGGGGAAAAAAAUCCAACUACUGCAUUUACAUUUGAGUUAUUUUGCCUUGAAAGUAUCAGAAUUGGCCCUCACUUUAUCAGAAUGUGAUGAUUAGGGACUAAAUGACAUAGUUUCAUAUGUGUACUUUAUUGAAACUUUUAUUUUAUUUCCUAGAUGAGUUUGCAGCCGUAAGUGAUGGAUGCUCAGAAGUACUUAAUGGAUGUGGCAAAGCGAGAACUGGAACUCUAAGUGAAACGACUUUGCUUUCCUUAAUGAAAAAGACUGGCUAUCACAUAGUACAAGAAAAUGGUCAACGUAAAUUUGGCGGUCCUCCUCCAGGUAAAAAUAAAGCAAAUUCAUUCUAUCUGUAUGUUAUUCCUUAUGUAUAUUCUUCUAAAAGGUGCAGGGUAUUGGUGUAUCCAUUAACUAACAGGAUUAGGACAAAAGAAUAACUACUUUAAUUUAGGACUUAAAUGGAUAACAUAGUGCCAAGAUUACAAAGCUCUAUUCCUGGCACUAUCACUCCCCUUGCCUCCCUCGCAUCCUCUUACAUUGCAGGACCACCCCUAGAGGUGCUUCGACAGCACUUACCAGUUUAAACUCAUUCAUGUAACACAAAAGCAACAUCAGAAAGCAUCACUAUAGAAUUUGUAUUCCUAAAGCUUUAGUGUACUUGAUCAUAGUCAGAAAGAGGUCCCGUCCCCCAUUUGGAAUUGAAAGGAGGAGGCAAGGUCAACUCCACCGAUGUCCACCCCAUUGCUCGUCAUAGAGCAUUGGGGACCUAGUAUUUAAAGGACCACUAUAGGCACCAAGACCACUUAGUUAACCCUGCAGCUGAAGGAGGGAGUGGGGGACCUAAUAACACUAUAGUGCCAGGAAAACGAGUUUGUUUUCCUGGCACUAUAGUGUUCCUUUAAGCAACCAGGAAUGUCAUAUGUAGAGGCAAGUGAUAGAGUUCCAUUCUAAUUACAUAAAAUAAUUUGUAUGGGUGAUAUACUGAAAAGGUAAUCUAGGAUAAAACUCUGCUUCAUAAUGAAACCUAUGUAAAAUCCAUAGGAAAAAAAACAUUGUAAAAUCUAACUCUGCAUUAUUUAUUGGCUAAAUCAGUAUUGUAGAUGUUAAAAACACUUACAAAUUAAUAGUUGAAACAUAUUGCAGAAAAUGCAUUUAAAAGUACAUAGCAUAUAUAGUAAGUAAGUGCUCAAACAGAGGUACAACCAGAACAUAAUUUCACUCCAGCUCCCUUAAACGUGUAUAAGACACCAAAAGGCUCAUAACUUGCAUAUGAACUUUAUUCACAGCAAAGAACUUCUGUAUAUCACAUUCACCAUUUCAAAGUGACACGUCGCCUACAACCAGAACAUAAUUUCACUCCUGCCCCCUUAAACGUGUAUAAGACACCAAAAGGCUCAUAACUUGCAUAUUAACUUUAUUCACAGCAUAGAAUUUCUGUAUAUCACAUUCACAAUUUCAAAGUGUCACGUCGCCACAUCUCAAGGGGAAUGCUGCCGCAUACUUACCCUGUCUCCAAGUGCCCGCCGAGUCUGCUCCUGCCCAUGAGCGGACUGCGACCCGGCGGACGCAUCUCGUUGUUGCGGCAUUGCCACGUGGUAAUGGGAAUUCCGCCAAUCUCUUACCUCCUCCUAUGAUGCCCGCUGUCCUCUGACAGGCACUCCUCCCCUCACACAUCAGCCGGGUCUGUAAUUAUUAGAGACGCCGGCCGCUGCAAAUAGGAACCCUUUAAUUUUUUUACUUAACCCUAUGAGUGCCUAACUUUGGAAACGUGUGUGUGACGUCACACACAAACGUUCACUGACACAUGGUCCCCUGCAGCCAAUCAAGGAGCACCUUAGGCUAUUUAAAAAAAAUUUCCUUCAUUUCUCUGUGCCCUGUCGUGGUUUCCAUUCUGGUUAUCCGAGAGCGCGUUUCUGGUAUUGUUUCUUGUGUAAUUUGACCUUGGCUUUCUUACUGACUAUUCCGAUCUCUGUAUCCCUUGAACUUUGGCUUGGCUCUUUACUUUUCUGACUUCUAUAUUCCUUGACCUUUGGUUUACAAUCUGUUUACGUAAUAUCUGUAUUCUUGACCUCAGCCUGUCUUGUGCUUUUCUUUUUAUAUGUUAAAUCUGGCCGUUCUAAGGUCCGGUAAUACUCUUAGGCCUUUCUUUUUAAUUUACUUAAGUUCUGCGUGUUGGGCAUAUUAUUGUAUCCUGACACAAAAUAUGCAUGUUAUAUAAAAACGAAGAAUAAGCCAGAGCCUCUCACCCAGUGUGCUUUAUCUAUGGAAGACUUUUCCAGGGGUAUAAGGACACACACACAUUUGGCUCUCAUUUUUAUGGUGCUAGUUUCAGGGUUCUAUGUUCAAUUUUCGAAUUUGCCACUGCUGCAGAAAAUUCUACAAAGUCUGUGUUUUAGUCUAAUACGCUUCCUUAAGGGUGUCAGUUUCUCAAAUAUAUGCAAACCCACACGGGCAGGAAAGUUUAUACAAUACAAAUGGGGUUGUGUAUAUAAUGCAGUGUUUUAUCCAAUAUUUUUUGCCAUUGUGAGGAUGCAGAAAAUAUUUCCAUGCUAUCAUGUGACCAUGACACGUUACACAGCUGCUGUUCACUUGUACUCUUCCUUUGUUGCAACAGUGAGAAGGAUCUGGACGAACUAACAAGUUGACAUGUGCAAUUCGUUUUGUUCCGAAUUUUAAUUCUGACGAAUUAUGGACAAUUCGGACAUUUGGAUACUUCCGAAUAGCUGAAUUGCCGAAUUUCGGAAUGCCGAAUAGCCGAAGUACUAAUAUACCCAGUGGAAGAACGUUACACUGUAUACCAGUGUAAAUAAAAAGUAUACACACAUAACCAGAAUUCAGCUGUAAGCAUUUGCAACACUUACAAAAUCAAGUAAUACGUUCAUAUAAAAUGUAAGUCACUUAGCCAGUCAAUGGAUGGGAAUGAGUAAGUAGAUAACUCCCUAAUUCGCACUGUAUUAGGGAGCUAAAGACUGAAAGACCUUACUUUCUGCCCCUACUCGCUAUACCACGAGUAGGGGCAUGUCUGCUAAACAGUGUCACGAGUGGGGGCUUUUAAACUGAAGGAGAACCUAUUGCCCACCUCUGAGCGACAGGUGGGGGCCCUGGAUGACAAUGUGGGGAACCUAUCGUGUCCCCCCCACCCCUGAGCUGUGGGUGGGGGCCCUAAAUCAAAAUAGGAGGGCAGGGGGGAGCUAUUGUCCUCCCCCCGGCACCCACCCCUGAGCAGUGGGGGCACUAAAGUAGAAUGGGGGGUGGGGGGGACUUGAAUUACUUCGGGGGGGAAGGGAGAGUCACACCUAUUGUCCUCCCUCCGGGCCCUCACCCACUGAGCGGCGAGUGGGGGCCUUAAAACCCCUAGUCACCACACUCCCCCCUAAAAUUAAUAAACUCCUACCUGCCCGCCUCAUGCUAACAAUAGUGAGGGGGGAACAAUAACUAAGUACUGGUAAAAAAAAAGAUUUGAUGUCUUCUUUUUUCUUAAAUCUUUUUUUCAGCCCCAAAAAGGCUAAAUAAAAAAGCAUAAUACCCGUCGCGCUUUGAAAAAAUUAAAUAAAAAAUCAGAUGGGGAAAAAAAAAACCCUGAUGCUGAAAAAGUAUUCCAUCUUUACCCAUGGAGUGCACUGCGCAGGCUGAGCUUCGCAGGUCGGGGGAAUGCUUAUAAUGCCUUGCCCCGCCAUGCAAUUAGGCUCAGAGCAAUCUGAUUGGUUGGUUUAAGCCAUCCAAUCAGAUUGCUCCUACUGGUAAAUGAAGAGCCUGACAGGUAAGUCUCUACAUUUACCUGUCACAGCACUCUAAUUGGAAGGCUUGAAAUCCAACCACUCAGAGUGCUCUGUGUCAUUUUACACAGCGUGGGAAAGUUCUUUGAAAUUUUCCCACGCUGUGUUAUUUGACACAUAACUAUCUGAUUUGUUGCUUUCAAUCAACCAAUCAGAGUGUUGAUAUGAGUCAUCAAUAUGCUGAUUAGACGGCAUGAUUAUUGCAAAGGUUUGCCUUAGGCUGGCCACAAUAAAAGGCCACUCUAGAAUGUGCAGUUUUAUCACACAGCUCAAUGCCACAGAUGUCGCAAGUUUUGAGGGAGCGUGCAAUUGGCAUGCUGACUGCAGGAAAGUCCACCAGAGCUGUUGCCUGUGAAUUUAAUGUUCAUUUCUCUACCUUAAGGCGUUUGAUAGAAUUUGGCAAUACAUCCAAUUGGCUUGACAACCGCAGACCAAGUGCAACCACACCAGCCCAGGAUCUCCACAUCCAGCAUCUUCAUCUCCAAGAUCGUCUGAGACCAGCCACCCGGACACCUGCUGCACCAAUCGGUUUGUAUAACCAAAGAAUUUGUGCACAAACUGUCAGAAACCGUAGCUCAUCCGGGUCUCGACCUGACUGCAGUUCAUUGUCGUCGUAACAGACUUAAGUGGGCAAAUGCUCACUUUUGAUGGCGUCUUGCACUUUGGAGAGGUGUUCUCUUCAUGGAUGAAUCCCGGUUUUCACUGUACAGGGCAGAUGGCAGACAGCAUGUAUGGCGUCAUGUGGGUGAGCGGUUUGCCGAUGUCAAUGUUGUAGAUCGAGUGGCCCAUGGUGGUGGUGGGGCUAUGGUAUGGGCAGGCAUAUGUUAUGGACAACAAACACAGGUGCAUUUUAUUGAUGGCAUUUUAGAUGCACAGAGAUACCGUGAUGAGAUCUUGAGGCCCAUUGUUGUGCCAUACAUCCAUGACCAUCACCUCAUGUUGCAGCAUGAUAAUGCACGGCCCCAAGUUGCAAGGAUCUGUACACAAUUCCUGGAACGUGAAAACAUCCCAGUUCUUACAUGGCUAGCAUACUCACCGAACAUGUCCCCCCCCCCCAAUACAGUAAAACUGCACAUUUUAGAGUGGCUUUUUAUUGGGGCCAGCCUAAGGCAUAGCUGUGCAAUAAUCAUGCUGUCUAAUCAGCAUCGUGAUAUGUCACACCUGUGAGGUGGAUGGAUUAUCUUGGCAAAGGAGAAAUGCUCACUAACAAAGAUUUAGACAGAUUUGUGAACAAUAUUUGAGGAAAAUAGGCCUUUUUUAUACAUAGAAAAAUUCUUAGAUCUUUGAGUCCAGCUCAUCAAAAAUAGGGGCAAAUGCAAAACUGUUGCGUUUAGAAUUUUGUUCAGUGUAGUUAUACUGGUUGAUGUUCCUGGUUGCAAAAAAACAAAACAAAAACACAUUACGGUUUCAGGUCUGUGUCUGCUUGCAACAGGCUCUGUUUCCCUAUAUACCGUUGUAACGGACCGGGUACCUUCCGCCGACGGAUGCUCCUAGUGCUUUCCGAGGACUCCAAGCACUCUGCCUGACACCAUAACCACUGCAGACCCCACGAACCGCCGCAGCUUGGUUGGGGUCUCGCCGUCUCCACCCACUCUGGACCCAGGACCAGGGUCCAGCUUCCAGCAGGUCGACCUCUCUCCCAAUUCCAGAGAGCAGGAACAGGAACAAGCUCUUAGCAGAGCUUAGUGAUUAUACCCUGGGGAGUAUAGUGAUUAUAGCAAUCCCCAGAGUGUAGUUUCUCCAAUCCCCCAAACAUGAGCCGAAACUUCAUGAAGGUACAAGAUGAUCUGACUCCAAUGAGCGUUUAUUACUCCUUAUAUACAAGUUUUCAGGUCAGAGGCACACCCCCUGGACCUGGUGGUAAACUGUGACAAAAGGGACACAAACCAAUGGGAACACUAAUUAACAUGAUAACACUCUCACAUACACAAUGAAAUCCCUCCUCUCCAUCCUGGAGAUAGUUGGCUUAAGGCACUGCAGUAAACUCAAUUAUCUCCAGGUACAGAAAAUAUCUACAUUUAACACUAACAGCAAAAUACGUAAAAGUACAUAAAAAUACAUAAUUCUUAUUUUAUUACACAGAACCCCCACAUUUAACCUAUCCUCAGAUAGCUCGGAUCUGAGCGCCCAAUCUAGGUGAACAGCUCUCAGAUCCCAUGAACAGAGUAGAUUUUCCAUGGGGUAAAGCAUAGCAAGGGCUGUUGAGAAACCAAGGAGGGACAAAAGCAGUCAGUUCCAACUGGUUUGGCAGUGUGUCUGGGACAACGCCCUGCUGGAGAACAAUAGACAGGAAAUGGGGGAGGGGAAGAAACACACCUUCCCAUGGAUUCAAAUGGGAAGAAACUGUCUUUAGAAGCCAAUAAGCCCCAAAUAGUCUUUUUAAAUGGCAAUACACCCCAGGGCCAUAGUCAUGAGGAAGGAGGCUGGCAAUCAGGCUCCUCCAAAAGCCGGGGACAAAGGGCAGCUUGUCACCUAACAAUCCAGGGACAAAAGGCAUUUCGUCACAACCGUAUUUUUCCAUGUAUAAGACAACCCCUACUUUUUUUAGCCCAAAUUUAAGAAAUCAAUAUAUUAAGCCUUAGUAACCAAACUGUUUUUCAAUUUUCUUACCUUUAAGGACCAGGGCUGUUUUUACAUUUCUGCAGAGUUUGUGUUUAGCUGUAAUUUUCCUCUUACUCAUUUACUGUACCCACACAUAUUCUAUACCGUUUUUUUCUCGCCAUUAAAUGGUCUUUCUAAAGAUACCAUUAUUUUUGUCAUAUCCUGUAAUUUACUAUAAAUUUUUUUAUAAUAUAUGAUGCCAUUUUUAAAAAAAAACCACACCUUUUCUAACUUUGCCCUCCCCCAAAUCUGUUGCGCAUCUACAACCGCAAAAAAAAACACCCAUGCUAAAGUUUCAAAAUUUUGUCCUGAGUUUAGAAAUACCCAAUGUUAACAUGUUCUUACCUUUUUUUUUUUUUUCUUUUUAAAGCGAUAGGUAGCGAUGAUCCAAACGGUUUGCCGCGGACUCAUCAUUGAGUAAACUUUGACCCUGUACCUCACAGUCAGCAGACACAUUCCAGCUAAUCAGCAGCAGACCCUCCCACCUCCUGGACAGCAUCCAUUGUGAAGCUGCAUUCUUAGUGAGCUGUCCAGGAGGUGGGAGGGAGGGUCUGCUGCUGAUUGGCUGGAAUGCGUCUGCUGACUGUGAGAUACAGGGUCAAAUUUUACUCAAUGAUGAGUCCGCGGCGAACCGUUCGCGAACAGUUCGGGACAUCACUAGUUAUAGGACAAUAAGUACAAGUAGCACUCCAAACCAUUUUUUCUCCAAAAUUAAUGAAAGUUACAUUGUAAAACGGAUAUCUGUCAGGAAUCCCUAAAUAACCCUUCUCAUGUAUAUAUAUUUUUAAAAGAAGACAACCCAAGGUAUUAAACUUGGGGUAUUUUGACUCUUUUCAUGCAACCAUUUUACCACCAAUCUAUGCCAAAUGAAAAAAAAAAUAAUUGGUGAUUUUUUUUGACACACAUAGCAAUUUAAGUAUACAUGUACUGAGAACUUUAAGGAUUACUGCCAAAGAACACCCCAAUAUGUGUUCAACAACAUCUCCCGAGUUCAGUGAUUCCACCCAUGUAUAGGUGUGUCGGGUUCUCUGGGGGCUAAAAGACCUUAUUUGGAGGGUGCGAAUUUCAGUUUUUCAACUUGGAAUUUUCACAGCUGUCAUCAUGCACCCAUGUCCUAUUUAGGACAUUUUUGAAGACGGCCAAUGUAAUUUACCCCCAUCAAACCGUAUAUUUUUGAAAAGUAGACACCCAAGGGCAGUGAUGGCAAACCUAUUGUACGCAUUCCGCUCUGUGGGCAUGCGGCCAUAGAUCACUGGGGGGUGCUGGCACUGGUCAGCAGCAAUGCAGAGUAGGCACCUGCCUGCCCAAAACGGUGUGUGUAUGUAUUCAGCAGUCGGUAUGUGAAUGUGUUCAGCAGUCUGUGACUGUAUUCAGCAGUCUGUGUGUAUGUAUUGUAUGUAUGUAUGUAUUGCAUACAUACAAUAAAUAUAAGCUUAAUUUUAUCUAUAAUUUAUAUCAUUAUUUAUAAUUUAUAUCAUUAAACUAUUUGUUGUUGUGUUCUUUUAAAACAAAAGAUUUUCAUUAACUGUACCAGUUGUUUUUUCUAAACUUAAACCUCAGUAUUCAGUUUUAAUUGCUGUAUUGGCACUUAGAGGAAAAACAAGUUGGCAUGUACUGUGGUUUGGGCACUCGGGUUCUCCAUCACUAUCCUAGGGUAUUUCAAAUGGUGGUAUUUUAACACUUUCCAUGCACUAAUUCUACCAUCAGUCUUUGUUAAACUUUUGGGUAGUCAUUUUUUGUGUUUUGUUUUUUUCUCUCACAUUGUACUUUAGGCAUGGAGUCUCAGUUCCUGUUAUGUGUUACUGACAAAGAACAUCCCAGUAUGUAUUCAGCAACAUUUCCUGAGUACAGCAGUGCCUCCAAUAUACAGGUUUUAGGUUUUUUUGCAAACUUACAAGUGUCAAAUGUAGGGCUUUCCCCUUUUCCAUGUUUGCACAUCGAAAUUGGCCAGAUUGGUUUGCUGGGCCCAUGUUGCUUUUGAGACCGUAUGGCAGCCCAGGAAUGAAAAUUAACCCCAUUAUGGCAUACCAUUAUUAAAUGUAGACAACCCAGGGUAUUCAAGAUGGGGUAUUUCCAGUCUUCUGUAGUAGCCACUUAGUCACAAACGCUAGCCAAAGUUAGCGUUUUUAUUUGGGGUUUUUUGCGGGUCAAAUCAGCAGCCCAGAGGAGGUCCUCCAACCUGCAUCCUUUAGAGAAAAUCUUAAACGCCAUGGCUCCACUGACCGAGUGUGCUCAAUAUGCUGAAGUGUCUGCUGAAGAUGCCCCGCUCAUAAUCCAUUUCACCCAGCGAAACAAUGUAACUGAAGAAACAGGAUGAUGCGGAUGUCGAAGGGCCAAAAACAAUUCAGGAUAUGAUGGAUCACGAAUAGAAGUCCUGGGCUCGUAUUCUUUGAGACAUGCCACUGGACAUAGGUUAACAUUUUUCGUAAAGCUGGGUAGAAAACUGAGGUGAUUGACGUUUUCGUACAUCUCGAAAUAUUAAACGAGACACCUUCAAGGGUGAAUGAAAGUAGAGAGAGGUCCAACGCACGAACAUCUGACACCCGUUUACAGGAGAUCAGACAAAACAACAUCAGUUUUGCCGUGAGUUGUUUGAGUGAGAGGUCUUCAUUCUUUGGCCAAUCUCCAAAAAGCCAGAGAACAAGGUCGACAUCCCAUGAUGAAGCGUACCUAGUCCAUGAAUUACAGGUAUGAAUGUAGAAUUUCUGUGUUCCCGGAGCCCAAUAGUUGACUGUGGAACAUCUGGGAUGAAUCAGAGUCCUUGGAGAGGAGCCGUGCCAGUAACUAGAGGUGCCCCUCUGAUAGCAGGGAGUGUGAUUCUCUGCUGGGAUCCAGCAAGAGGUCCGGUGAGGCUGGAAGUAAUUUCUGGUAAUUCAUGGACAUUUCCAUGAGUGUAGGGAACCGUGGUUGAGCCGUCCAGAAUGGGAUAGCGUCUGAGAUGUAGAAGCGUCCGCGCUAUCAAGGGGAAAGGGGGGAAAGCGUAAUGCCGAUUGUCCGGCCACCAUUGAAGGAAUGCAUCUGAUGCCGAAGCUUCUGGAUCUGGACUCCAGCUGAAGAAUUUCGGUAGUUGGGAGUUCAACCGUGAUGCGAUGAGGUUGAUCUCCAUAGGGCCCCAGAGUGACAGGAGCCGCAGGAAAAUGGCACGAUUCAGCUACAAGUCGCUGGCAUCCUGUAGGUACCUGGAAUUCCAAUCCGCCACCAUGUUUGACAUCUUGCGGAUGUAUUCUGCUGUACUGAGAUAUUGCGAUCUAUGCAGAAGUCCUUUGAUAGUUCCACCAGCACCACGGACCUUGUGCUCCCGAGAUGGUUGAUGUAGGGGACUGCUGGCACAUUAUCCAUACAUAAAAGAUUGGAACAGUUGAUUGAGAUCCCAAUGAGACUCCGAACUGCAAAUGAGCCUGCCAACAGUUCGAGGCAAUUUAUGUGCAACCCCUGUUUGUCUGGGGACCAUUUUCCUCCUGUGGAAAUAGGACCGCAACGUGCACCCCAUCCAAGCAUACUUGCAUUUGAUUCUACCACGAAAUUUGGCCUCUUCCCAAAGAUUGCUCUUCCGUUCCAUACUUCCAUGUGCUGCAGCCACCAAGUGAGUCCUUCCUUGGCUGUGCAAUUGAGGCACUGAGUCUAAAUAAAAGAGACCCAAGCUAAGGUAUUUCGCUUUUAAGCGCUGUAGGGCUCUGUAGUGUACCCAGGAAAAUGGCCUGGAGGGAGGUCAAGAGAAGGCCAGUUGUCGCAUUGUAAGCACAGGUCGUGCCAACGUCCUGCGGAUUUUCUUCUUGAUGGCCUUGACUUUGGAGGGUGGUAACAGGAAAGUCCCUCCCACUGAAUCGAUGGUAAAGCCUAGGAAUUCUAAGACUUGAGAAGGUUUUAAGACCGACUUGUCCCAGUUGAUGAGGAAACCAAGAUUGAAGAGUAAUGUCUUUGUCCAAGCCAGGUCUUCCUGGAGUAAGCCUGGGUUCUGUUCCAUCAUGAGUAUGCCGUCCAAGUAUAUAAUCAGACACACCCCUUUGCUUCUCAGGACAGCAACCACUGGCCACAUUAGCUUUGUGAAGAACCACGGGGCUGAUGAGAAGCCGAAGGGUAAGCAUUUGAAACGCCAUGUAGUCUACUCCCACUGGACUGUAGUAAACGUUGGCAAUCCUCGGCCAUCGGGGCAGUGGAGUACGCAUCCUGCAGGUUGAGUUUGACCAUCCAAUCCCCCAAUAGGAGCAGGUCCCAGAGAGAGUGGAUACCCUCCAUCUUAAAAUGGUGGUACGCCACAAAUGCGUUUAGGGAGCGUAAAUUGAUAACCGGUCGGACAUCUCCGCCUUUCUUGGGCACUAUGAAAAGGUUGCUUAGAAAACCUGUAGCUCGCGAGUGCGUCUCUAUGAUAGCCCCUUUGUCGGCUAGAGACUGUAUCUCUGCUGCAAUUAAGGCCCGGCCGUAGGUGGAGAAGACAAUUUGGUUGGGCAUAACCCAGUAGAGUUUGUAGGACCCAAGUAUCCGAAGUUAACAUGCGCCACACAUUUUAAAAAAAGGCAUAAUCUGACCCCCACCAACGAUACUGAAGGUAGAGAUGAAGGAAGGAAACUUUACAUAAGGGUGUCGGCCAAAGGAAGCGCUUCUGGCUCCAUGAGAAUGCCAAGGCCUUCCUCGAACUGGGAAGAACAGAGGGGUGGACUAAGGUUCCAGACCUUGGAAACAUGACUGGAAGGAGCCUUGAGAAACCCGGUACAAGCCCUGGGAGGAACAGCAGACGGCCCCAAUAUCUGCCGGCCCUGCCAGAAACACUAACGAGAGAAUACCUUUUUCAUAUUGGUUGCGCCUUGUCCAGUGCAGUAAAUGUGCCUACAUAGGUACUCAGUUCCUUUAUGAAAUUGUCCCCAAAAAGAAGGCCUUUUGCCUGUGGCCCAGGCUCUGAAAUAGCCAAAUUAACCAACUUUGGCUCGGUCUUAAUUAAAAUUGCCUUUCGCCUCUCGGUGGCUAAAGCAGUAUUGGCAUUUCCGAAUAGACAUACGAGUCGUUGGAUCCAGCCCCUGAUAGCAAGCAGGUCUGUGUGAACACCACCCGCCAAGGCCGUUUUGACCAUGUCAAAUUUCUUUGCUCUGGGUCCAAGGACACCCCAUAUCUUAUCUUGGCAAUGACGUAGUGCAAAAUCUAGGCCUUUCUUGGCCUUUCACCCAGUUUUGACGAGGAACUGGGCAAUCUUUGGAUCCACGUCCGGGGUGAUGCAUGCAAAAUCCGGAAUCGUUGGGCAUGGGCAUUCUGCCUGCAUUUUGCUACGUGCCACUUUAUUACGUGGUUUCCUGAUACGUGCGGCUAUAUAUUUUGCCACAUGGUCCAGUGGGAACCACUCUUUUGAUCUCGGAUGCUGUAGGGCAUCCAGGUCAAAAAGUGGUUCGCCCUGUGGGUCAAGGAAGGUGGAGUCCUUAUUGUCAUUCCCUGACACGGAUAGGGAACCGUGGUCGGGGAAUAGUGUGCCCAAACUGUAAGAGUCAUCAUCAGACUCGCUCAAUGCCUCCUUUUGACUUGGAUGAUUCUAUUAGGGCUUUUGCCCUCUUCCAACUCCUCACCGAUUUUGCCCGGUGGGUUGCUCUUUGUUGUGGUGCGACCACAUCAUCUUUGACACAACGUUCUUUGUCCGACUGUACAAUUUUGGAGGCUUCCUUGUCUAUGUAGCAAAUUUUUUUGGCGACUUUGUGACCACAGGAUUUCACCUGUUUGUGCUCCGUAGGGUUAGGAGCAAUGUGGGUUAAGGUCCGCUGGGCGGACAUGAGGGCAUAACUAAUGGAGUCAGGAUAGAGUGUCCGACAUAGCUCCCAUAGCCAAAUAAAUGGCUUGGGUUACUGACUUGGCCAUAGUGGCAUCCAGGAGUGAAUGAAGCUCUAACGAGUUCAAUUUCUCCUGAGCUGUCUCGUCAGUAGUAUUCAGGCCAAAAGGUCUGGGAACAAACUGGGGUGUAGGGUGUCUAUUGGCACUAAUGGGAGUAUUGUUAGAGUCCGUGCCCAAAUCCUUUUGUGUCUGCAUAGUCAAAUAGAAGUUGCCCAGGAAGCACCCACAGUAAUUAUAGUAACAGCUAUUAAAUUGGGACAGAUGGGAGAUAGCGGGAACCCAAACCUCUAAUAGUGUAGGGUAGGAGUAAUUACAAAUGACCAGCACUGUUUUGGUAUGUGAUGUGUAUCAACUUGUAAGUGUUUUUAUACGGUUUGGUGCUAGUGAGUGGUAUCACCAUUUUAGAGUGUCCCUCCUGAUAUAUUUUGUUUUUGUUGUCUUUUUGGUGUGUUUUGAGAAUAACACAAGUAAGAGGACUUGGAUUUUCAGAACAAGCAUAUUUAUUUGGUGUUGCUAACAGUUAUCAUAUUUGGCACAGUAGAGUAGGUAUACAUUGUGUAGACUUUAAAGGGACAAUUUAUGCAACAUGACCACCAUAGUGCAGUGUAGUCAUUAUGUUGCUAAUAUCUAUGUACUCUUUGUUGCUCAUAUUAUCUGGCUCCCGUCCUCAGAUUUUUGUCAAACUGUUUAGGUACAGUUCAGCAAAAAUGGAGACUGUUCCUAUCACCAGUCGGAGUCUUCCUCUUUGAAGAGAGAUACAGGAGAGGGGCUGAGCUGACAGGCACUGUCUGCAUAACUUUAGGAUUAAACCGUUCUUAAACAGUUUAAACUUUAUGGUAAACUGGCGCCCAAUGUAAUUGAGAUUAUACUGUUAUGAUGCCUUUAGUGUUCCUUUAAGAGUCUUACAUUUUUUACAUUUAUUUUAUGAUUGGAACUCUAAAAUGUAACUGACAUCCUAAAAUAAUUCCCUCUUUGUUUCUUCAGGCUGGGAAGGCCCUCCUCCUCCACGUGGCUGUGAAGUUUUUGUGGGAAAAAUUCCCCGUGAUAUGUGUGAAGAGGAUUUGAUCCCUGUUUUUGAGCAAGCUGGAAAAAUCUAUGAAUUUAGACUGAUGAUGGAAUUCAGUGGUGAGAACAGAGGGUAUGCUUUUGUCAUGUACACAAACAAAGAUGAAGCCUUGCUAGCUAUUAGGAUGCUAAAUAAUUAUGAAAUUCGUCCUGGCAAAUUUAUUGGAGUCUGUGUGAGUUUGGACAACUGCAGGCUAUUUAUUGGAGCAAUACCAAAGGAAAAGAAAAAAGAAGACAUUUUUGAUGAAAUGAGGAAAGUAACUGGAGGAGUUGUUGAUGUUAUUGUCUAUCCAAGUGCAACAGACAAAACUAAAAACAGAGGCUUUGCUUUUGUGGAAUAUGAAUCACACAGAGCAGCAGCAAUGGCAAGAAGGAAGCUAAUUCCAGGUGAGUGUCUUGAGACCUUAUUAUUUAUGGUCUUUAAAGUAAGAAAAUCUUAAAGAACCACUAUAGGCCCCAGACCACUUCAGCUCAAUGAAGUGGUCUGGGUGCCAGGUCCCCCUAGUUUUAACCCUGCAGCGUAAAACAUAGCCGAUUCAGAGAAACGGCUAUGUUUACAUUGAGGGUUCCGCGAUCCUCAAUGCGAAAAUUGUAUUGAGGACAUGCUGAUGUCCAUAGGAAAGCAUUGAGUAAUGCUUUCCUAUUGGCGGUUUGAAUGCACGCACGGCUCUGGUUGCGCAUGCGCAUUCGGAGCUGACGUUGACAGGGGGAGGAGAGGUCACAAUCGCUGAGGUAACCCGGCACUGGAUUAAGGUAAGUGGCUGAAAGGGUUUUAACCCCUUCAGCCCAGUGGGAGGAGGGCCAUGGGGGUUGGGGGGGAGGAGACGGGACCUAAUAACCCUAUAGUGCAAGGAAAACAAGUUUGUUUACCUAGCACUAUAGUGCUCCUUUAAUUCCAGAAAGAAGUCUACUGAGGUAAUCCACAAAUCUAAUCCAGUGCCUAGUAACACGUAUAGUUGCAGUCAGUCUUCAUACUCUGCAUGUAGGCGCUGACCUCUCCCCAUAGUGAUUUAUUGAUUCAAUGAAACCCUACGAGGAGAUGCUGGUUGGUGCAACCUUUUGCCUUACAGUAAUGUUGCAUUCAUGUUAUAUAUUUUUCUUGCAGGGACAUUUCAGUUGUGGGGCCAUACAAUUCAGGUUGACUGGGCAGAUCCAGAAAAAGAAGUUGAUGAAGAAACAAUGCAAAGGGUAAAAGUGUUAUAUGUGAGGAAUUUAAUGAUCUCCACAUCAGAAGAAACCAUUAAAGCUGAGUUCAACAAAUUCAAACCUGGAGCUGUUGAACGAGUAAAGAAAUUAAGAGAUUAUGCUUUUGUACAUUUUUUUUCCCGGGAUGAUGCUAUUGUUGCUAUGUCAAUAAUGAACGGAAAAUGUAUUGAUGGUGCAAUCAUUGAGGUCACAUUGGCAAAACCAGUAAAUAAAGAAAUAGCUUGGAAACAACAGCUAAAUGGCCAAAUGAGUCCCCAUUCUGAAAGUUUGGCUACUAAUAUAAAUAAAGAUGAUGGGCCUCAAAAAUCACUUGGAAGAUGUUCAUCUCUUCAAACAAUCAUUAACUGCCAGCGCAAUCCAUCCUCUCCAGAGCCUGAGAGAUCCACAUAUCCGUUACUUCCGGGAACAAAACUUACUCCAGUUAAUAUAUACUCUUUAAAAUCAAAUCAUUUCCAGUCUGCUGUAAUGCAUUUAGAGUAUUAUUGCAACAAAAAUAACUGGUCUCCUCCAGAAUAUUAUUUGUUUUCCACAAACAGUCAAGAAGGGAAACUCCUCUUGGUUUUCAAAAUUGUCAUUCCAGCUAUAGUAAAUAACGGUCAGCGUUACUUCAUGCCAGACAAACUCUGUACAGUAUUAGAAGAUGCAAAGGAGCUGGCUGCACAUUUUACAUUAUUGCAUUUAGGUAAGUGUGUAAAAUAUCUUAUUUUACUUUUGCCAAGCAUUUUUCUGAGCAGGUUGCUGUCUGUUCUAAACUUUUAGAUAGGCCUACUGUUGUCUGUAGAAUACCCAGUAUGCACUGUGGCUCAUACUGAGAGGAUAACUAACCUGUACAAAAACCUCCAUAUUUUUAAAAAUAUAUUGGUAUGACCAUUACACCUGUGCAAAAUAGCAUAUAUUAAUAUUCCUGGGUGGAUGUUAGAAAUUGUAUAUUGUUAAAAAGCUUAAUUUUGGUUAUACUUAAAACAUGUUUAGGGAUAUGACGGUGCUGCCAGGUUCCAUUUCCUUUACCUACUUCUGGCCAGUGCGGACCGAAGAAGUCGGUCACAAUUGUAGUUGUAUGGAGUAUGGCAUUGUAGCAGUUUGACUAUUCAAAUUGCCACAUUUGUGUGAAAGUAGACACUCCAGGGUAUUUAAUGUGGUGUUUAUUAUAUAACAUCUCAUCAAUUUACACCUGUUUGUCAAACUUUUUUUUUUUUUGCAUUUUCUUUACACACAUAUUGCAUUUUUACAACUCAUUAUGUAAAUGUCAUAUAUGCCAUUAUGAUAAACUCCCCAAAUUAUGCCCAGCUAUCUCUUCUGAGUAAAAAAAAAAAAUACCCCCAAUGUAGGCCUUUACCACUUGUGAAGUUACAGAGCGAUAUCAGCAAUCAGACUAUUUUAGUUUGAUAUAAAAUAGUACAGCUAGAAUUUUGAUGGACUUAAUGGGCCUAUGUCUCAUUUUGGGGCAUUGUAGCAGUUUAACCCCAUAAAUGCAUACUUGUAAAAAGUAGACACCAUGGAGUUUGUCUUGUGAUGUAUUUUAAGCCUUUUUGCAACAAUUUAUUUUAUUAACGUGUCUCUUUAAUGUUAUAUUCAAAUGGCAAAAAUAACCAAGUUGUAAUGUUAUGAAUAUACACUGCCUGGCCAAAAAGAUGUGCCUCUUCUUACCCUGAUGCGCCCAUCACUGGUGCUUCCCCACUAUUCUUCCAGUUUUUAAUUAUGCGUUGGACAGUUCUUAACCCAAUUUUAGUAGUUUCUGCAAUUUCCUUAGUUGUUUUCUCUGCUUGAUGAAUGCCAAUGAUUUGACCCUUCUCAAACAGACUAACAUCUUUUCCACGACCACGGGAUGUGUCUUUCGACAUGGUUGUUUAAAGGACCACUAUAGACACCCAGACCACUGCAGCUAAAUGAAGUGCUCUGGGUGCCAGGUCCCCCUAGUUUUAACACUGCAGCUCUAAACAUAGUAGUUUCAGAGAAACUGCUAUGUUUACAUUGAGGGUUAAUCCAGCCUCUAGUGGUUAUCUCCCUGACAGCCACUAGAGGCCCUUUCCACGAUCCUCAAUGCGAAAAUUGCAUUGAGGACACGCUGACGUCCAUAGGAAAGCAUUGAGUAAUGCUUUCCUAUGGGCGGUUUGAAUGCACGCGCGGCUCUUGUCGCGCAUGCAGAUUCUGAGCUGAAGGUAAGAGGCUGAAGGGGGGUCACGAGGGAGGGGGAAACCUAAUAAAGAGUUUGUUUUCCUGGCACUAUACUGCUCCCUUAAGAAAUGAGAAGUUACUCAUUGCAUCAGUUGGGGUUAAAUAACUUGUUGCCAGCUGAAAGAUAAUCACCCAUGCAGUAACUAUCCAAUAGGAGGCUUUUACCUAUUUGCUUAGUUUAAUACAGGUGGCGACUUUUUUUGGGGUCAGGCAGUGUAUGUGUAUAUAUAUAUAUAUAUAUUUAUUUAUUUUUCAGGUGAGCCAUUUUGCCUUAUGUUUUUUCAUUCGCACUUAAAGGAUCACUAUAGUGUCAGGAAAACAGACUCUGGGUCCCCCUCCCUUGGCGUUGAAGGGGUUAAAACCCCUUCAGUUACUUACUUUAAUCCAGCGCCGGGCUCCCUUGGCGCUGGUGACUUCUCCUCCUCCGCUGAUGUCACUUCCCGAGUGGAGCCGAAUGCGCGGCAAGUGCCGUGCAUGCAUUCAAACAGUCCAUAGGAAAGCAUUUCUAAAUGCUUUCCUAUGGACGUUCUGCACGCUGGAUGCGAAUUUCGCAUCCAGCGUCGCAGAAGCACCUCUAGAGGCUGGAUUAAAAACUGCUAUGUUUACAUCUGAAGGGUUAAAACCUGGGGGACCUGGCAGUGGUCUGGGUGACUAUAGUGUCCCUUUAAUUUGUGAAAUUUCAGAGUUCAGCAAAUAAACCAGUCAGAUCGCUAGACACGCAUCCCAAUUUCACUAUCUGAAAUUGUUUUGUGAUGUAGUGACUAGUAGAUUAGGCGACAGCUUUAGCUUGCACAAGUAGAUAUUUAAAAAAUUUAAAAUCCACGCCCUUGUCCGCUUAAUCCUAAUUGUGGCCAGACCACUAACCAGCAUUGCUUUUAAAGCUCAGUUCAUCAGGAAAUGUUUUCUUAUUAUGUGCAUGCACACAAGGUACCUAUGCACACUCUAAUAUGCUCACAAGAGAGACAAUCCUGGAGUUAAAUCUUGUAACUAAUAGUGGAGACCUUGAAACAAAUUACAAUGUUUGUUUAAUCUCUUCCAGACACCAACCCCUUUGUAUUUGGCUCUGGCUUCUUUUUUGCCCAGAACACACAAAGUGACCUCUGAAUGUGGUGUAAUCCCUACACUGUCUGGCCUAUCUUUAAACCCAUCUUUGUAUACAGACUCUAGUUGCUAAAGUCAUGAAGUCUUUACAAAUAUAUGGGACCUCACCUGUCAAUACAUUCUAGGCACACAAGGAUUUUCCCUGUGCUUGUCAUAUUUGCGGAGUCUGAUUAACAGGAUAUGCCUACCUACAGAUUGUUCUCCAGCCCUCCUUCACAGCAAGAACAAUACAUGUAUGGUAUUUGCUGUGAUUGUUCCUCUCCCAACUGAGUCUUAUAUUUUACCAAGGAAAAUUAGUGAAACUUCACAUCAUAAGGCAGCGAUUUACUGGCAGUGAUGCUUUAAAUUGACUUAAUUAAUUUGGACAUGACACGGCAUCUCUCUGGGAGCUACCUUUUUAUGGUGCAAUUUCAUUACUGGUUAAAAACUAAAUAUACAAUUCAUAUGUCACAUAUGUCUUUAACCCCUUAACAGCGUUACAACGUUCUUUGCCGUCCCCGUUAUAAUGAGCUUUAAAGCCGUUGUGGUGGCAUAGAACGCCGUAACGGCUUUCUUCCCCAGGAGCUCCGGUGGACUUACCUCCGCCACGAUCCUCUUCGGGAGGACUGCCUCACAGCCCAGGCAGCCCUCCCCGGCAAAUAUGGCCCCCUGUGGAUUUGCCAGCAGGGAGACUGUCUGGGCUGUCAGUCAGUUCCCCUGCUGGUGGGUAGUGUAAAAAAAAAUAUUAAGAUGUUUAAAAUAAAUGAAAUGUGUUUGUGUGUGUGUGUGUGUAUGUAUGUGUGUGUGUGUAUAUAUAUAUAUAUAUAUAUAUAUAUAUAUAUAUAUAUAUAUAUAUAUAUAUAUAUAUACACACACAAACUCUGGUAAGGCGAGUGCCAAGCUAUCUUCUAUUUUAUUUAUAUAUAUAUAUAUAUAUUAGGGAUCGACCGAUAUUGAUUUUUUAGAGCCGAUACCGAUACCGAUAAUCUGCGAACUUUCAGGCCGAUAGCCGAUAUCUUGCCGAUAUUCUGUACAUUUACUAUUUUGAAUAAAUAAACUAAUUCGAAAGGUAAAUGCACAAAAUAUACAUGCCACAUGUAGUGGAUGAAGUGUGUUUAGACAGGGGAACUGUGUGUGUUUGUGUAGUGUGUGUGUGUGUUUGUGUAGUGUGUGUAUAAUGAAUGUAGUGUGUAUAUAAUGCAGUGUGUGUAGUGUGUAUAUAAUGCAGUGUGUUUACGUAGUGUGUGUGUAUAAUGCAGUGUUUUUGUGUGUGUUUGUGUAGUGUGUAUGUAUGUAAUGCAGUGUGUGUUUGUGUAGUGUGUGUUUGUGUAGUGUGUAUGUAAUGCAGUGUGUGUGUCUGUGUAGUGUGUAUGUAAUGCAGUGUGUGUGUAUGUAAUGCAGUAUGUGUACUGUGUUUGUGUAGUGUGUAUGUAAUGCAGUGUGUGUGCAGUGUAGUGUGUGCAGUGUGUGUUUGUGGUGUGUGUGUAGUGUCUGUCUGUGUAGUGUGUGUAUGUAAUGCAGUGUGUGUGCCUGUGUAGUGUGUAUGUAAUGCAGUGUGUGUGUAUGUAAUGCAGUAUGUGUGCAGUGUGUGUUUGUGUAGUGUGUGUGUGUGUGUUUGUGUAGUGAUGUAAUUUGUGUAAUUUUUUAUUUUAAUAUUUUUUUUAUAUUUAAAUGUUUUUUUUUGUUUAGUCCCCCCCCCAGUGUGUGUUUGUGUAGUGUGUGUUUGUGUAGUGUGUAUGUAAUGCAGUAUGUGUGCAGUGUGUGUGUGUGUGUGUGUGUAGUGAUGUAAUUUGUGUAAUUUUUAUUUUAAUAUUUUUUUUAAUAUUUAAAUGGUUUUUUUUUGUUUAGUCUCCCCCCAGUGUGUGUUUGUGUAGUGUGUAUGUAAUGCAGUAUGUGUGUAGUGAUGUAAUUUGUGUAAUUUUUUAUUUUAAUAUUUUUUUUUAAUAUUUAAAUGUUUGGGUUUGUUUUGUUUAGUCCCCCCUCCCUGCUUCUUACCAGGGAGGGGGAUAUAGUAUUCCCUGGUGGUCCAGUGGCUUGUUAAGUACAGUGGUGGCUCAGCAGCAGCAAGCACUGACUUACCUUGCAAGCAGCUCCUACAGCUCCCUGUGUAAAUCUCGCGGCUCUUAGUGCCGCGCGGAGCGUUGCCAUGGUAACCCGUGGCAACGCUCUGCGGCCGCGGGUCUCGCGAGAUUUACACAGGGAGCUGCAUGCAAGGUAAGUCAGCGCUUGCUGCUGGCCCCCACAGGACCGCCGGGCUUCUAAUGGGCCCGGCGGUCCUGUUAUAUAUUAUCGGCAAUAUCGGUAUCUGAAUUGGCCGAUACCGAUAUUGCCGAAAAUACCAAAUAUCGGCCGAUAAUAUCGGCCAGACCGAUAAUCGGUCGAUCCCUAAUAUAUAUAUAUAUAUAAUAGAAGAUAGCUUGGCACUCGCCUUACCAGAGUUUGAGGUACGAUAGCCUGGGUGCAAUCCAAAUGCGUCCAAUAUGUAAACAGGAGAAAAUCAGGAUGCACACACAGGUCUUUGAAUAAGUGCAAUGUGAUUUAAUCAAUCAUCAAACGUGCAGCAAAUAGAAUCAAGGUUUAGACCCCAGCGGGUCAUUCUUGAAAAAGACCUGCUGGGGUCGAAAUGUUGAGUUUUUUUUCUUGUGUGUGUGUGUGUGUGUGUGUGUGUAUGUGUGUAUAUAUAUAUCUUAUAUAUGUAACGUCAUAUGUUACAUAUUACAUUACAUAUUAUUAUUACGUUACAUAUUAAUAUACGUACAUAUAUUAGUAUUAAAAUACACUUAGCCACAAACACUGGCCAAAUAUUUGUUGUCUGCUUUUUUUUACACAAAAACAAAUAUGAACGCUAACUUUGGCCAGUGUUUGUGACUAAGUGGCUACUAAAACAGAUUGGACAUACCCCACUUGCAAUACCUUGGGUUGUGUAGUUUUGCAAAUGGAAUGCCAUCGUGGGGGUAAUUCUCAUUCCUGGGCUACUACAUGGUCUCAAAGGUAACAUUACUAAUCUGGCAAACCUUAAAGUGAAAAAAAUGAAAAAUGGAAUGUGCUAUAUUUGAACCUGUAACUUUCCAAAACACCGUACAAUCUGUUAAUGGGGGUUAAUGUUGUACUCGUGAGACUUAGCUGAAUACAAAUAUGUGCAUUUUAUUGCAGUAAAAGCAAGCAGUAUUAUGGCAUUUACCACUAAAAUGUCAGAUGGAACUACAAAUUAUUAAAACAAAUCUUAAUUUCUCACAGUUUUUUUUUAAAUUUUAUUCAUAAUAAAUUAUGUUUCAUAUACGAAUAGUUCAUUAGAAAUGAAAGCCCUGUUUCUUCUGAACAAAAUUAUAUAUAAUAAGUGUGGGUGCACUUAAUAUGAAAGAGGUGAAUUACGGUUGAACAGACAUAGCGCAAAUUCCAGUUUUUGUUUCCAUUUUGUUUUGAUCAGAACAUUUACAGUUGACUCCGUCCUGAAGGGGUUAAAUGAUACAUUGUUUUAACAUUAACUAUAAUCUUUUUCAUGUUUAUUUGCAGACUACAAUUCCCAUCAUAGUCCAGUGAACACCAUGCCAUCGAUUUCAUCAGGAACGCCGAAUCUACUUCCUUACACAUCUAGAUCAUAUUCUUAUCAAAGUCACUCAUUAUUGCCUGCAGUCCCUCUAACCAAUGGAAGCCGUGUGGAACCACGACUUUAUCUUUCAAAUCAAGGUUCUUAUUAUUAAAGCAUUUUUCUCACUCUCUGAGGUCUUUAUAUAUUUUGAAAGACCUCCGAAGGUGAUACUGAGUUUAAGGUUUGUUGGCUAUAAGGUACAGAGGUAGGAAGGUUUACUUACCCGAAACUGUCCCUUGUAGCCACCUCAAUCUUCUAACUGGAGAUCUUUGGCUCCUGGUGCUUCACAUGCCAGUUGCAGCAUCACUUCUGUACUCUCAUGCAAAUCAUCUAUGGAUAAUUUUAAUCAAAUUCCAACGCAGUUCAUAUCGGUAUUUCAUAAAGAUUUCUUUAUGAAAUACUGAGAUGUGACAACUAUUUUAAACAUGGACCUUGUUCUAUAUCAUUUAAAGCACUGCAUGAAAUGCAAGUACCUAAUACCAAAACUGUUAAAGGGAAACUCUUUGCACCUUAACUGCUAUAUAUAUCAAAGUAGUGGUAAUGGUGCAUAGAGUCUGAUAGUGCCAUUUGGUAGCAGAUUGACAAAAUCCAGGCUGCUUCCCAGAACCCAUAAACCACCACCUCCUUAGCCACAACAAUAAAGCAGAAUUUACAUUUCCACAGUGUCCAAUCUAGUUAGCACUGAUAGGCUGGGCAUGCUUGGCAUGGGGUAUGCUAAUAUGGCUGAGGAGAGGGCAGUUUCUACAUCCCUGAUUCAUCCCUCUCGUUUGUCAAACAACUUCAAAAUACCAUGGGAUGGGCUUAUAGGCUUAGGACACCAUAUCCACUAUUAGGAUCUAUAGUGAAUAGACUGUUCCUUAAAUGUAUGCAUUGCAAAUUAGACUUAUUUAAUUUAUUGUUGUGAUUUGUUUGAUAUGUAAACAGUAUGCACAUUUUUAAGUAGUUAAAGAGAUACUAUAGGCACUAAAGCAACUUAAGCAUAAUAAGGUCGUUUUGGUGUAUAGAUCAUGCCCCUGCAGUUUCACUGCUCAAUUCUCUGCCAUUUAGGAGGUUUGUUUCUAAAUAUGCAAGCCUAGCCUCACCUCCCCUGGCGGUGUCUCACCGCCUGCAUGGAAAAAUGGUUUACUUUUCAAUAAGAUGUUAAUUUGCUUUAGAAGGUUAUAUCUCCUGCUUUGCAAAUGUAGAGCAGGAUAUUUUAAAUUAAAUGGAAUGUGCAAUAAAGGAAGUUUAAUCAUUAGAUCUUUCUUUACAUGAAGUAAUUUAGCAUGCAUGGAGGUGUGACUAGGGCUAUAUAAACAAAAUGAUGAAACUCCUAAAUGGCAGAGAAUAGAGCAGUGAGACUGCAGGGACAUGAUCUAUGCACCAAAACUGCUUGAUUAGGCUUAAGUUUUGGAGUCUGUCGUGUCCCUUUAAUUAUUGUUUUUUAAUUUUUAUUUUGGCAUAUUCUACAUAUAUAAUACACAAUUUAAUCAGUUUUCCAAUUUCCCAUGUUUAAUAGAUGGCAAAGUUAUUAGUUGAUUGCACAAUACAAUGGCAUGUGUUUCUCAAAAAAACAUUACAUGCCUCUUUAUACUGGCCUGGAAGACCCCAGUUUCUGUACGACACACAGUCAUCUUCAGGUCACCAACUUAUAUAGAUAUUGCUAUCCACUUGAGGGUGUCUGAUAUAUAUGAUGUCAGGUGAUAGAUGUGUAACUAUAGCCCCCCUGAACUUCUUUCAUUUAUAAAACAAAGCUUAACCAAGUUGUUGUUAUAUUGGACUGCAUGCAGAAUCUGUCAGCAUAUAGCUCCAGCUUCAUGAUCUGUGAAACUAUUGAAAUAUACAUAUCUGGUUCACUGUGUUUAGGCUACGGCAUUAUUUCAAAUUUAGCUUCUCUUGAAGAAGCCAAUAUUAGCAUGAAUGUUUACUUUAUAGGGAUGCUCUAAACACCAAAAUAACCUUAGCUUAACAAAGAAAUUAUUUUGGUUAGAUCAUGCCCCGGUAGUCUCAGUUCUACAUUUUCUGCUGUUUCAGAGUAAAAUCAUAUUCUAUAUACAGCCCUAGCCACACCAUCCCUGACUGACUCACACAGCCUCCGUGAAAAAAGGUUUUGUUUUACAGCACAGUGUGUUAACUUUAACAGUGCUUAUCUACUGUUAUGUUAAAGGCAUAAAAAAACAAAACAAAAUCCCAGUAUUUAGUAGAUAACUCCCCCAAUGAAAACACACACUUAUUUAUGUUUGUUUUCUUUGGGGUAUAUCUAAAAGAAACAUUGCUUGUUAAAGCCGUAGAUUAUCUGUUUACAACCUUUGCAAGUCCUCCCCCUUUUCCCCAGCACAGACAAAUGACCAUUGAGAGGAUUUCUCAAUGCUUUCCUAUGGACGUCCAGCAUCUUCUCACUGUGAUCUGUCAGUGAGACAGCCACUAGAGGCUGGAUUAACCCUAGUAUAAACAGCAGCAGGGUUAACACUAAAUGAACCUGGCACCCAGACCACUUCAUUGAGCUGAAUUGGUCUGGGUGGCUAUAGUGGUCCUUUAAGCUAAAGUUGUUUUGGUGAUUAGAGUGUCCCUUUGAAGUUAUGGACCAUUUUAUCCAUUAGAUUUUUAAAAAUAUUUUAUGUAGAAAUUGAUGCACUGUUCUGAUGUAUACUCUUUAAAUUGUUUACUAUUAAUUCUCCUGUACAGUUCCACUAUUAAUCAAUGUAAUUAACAAUUCCUGUUCUUAAACUUCCAAACACCUCUCCAGAUAGUUUCAUAAAUACAGCUCACCAUGUAGAUUGUAUGAAAUCGAUGAAAACAAAAAACUCAAUUUAUUUUUAUUGUGUCUCCGAAUUGAGUGUAAUAAAUUAUAGAUUAAAAAUGUGAAAAUAAUACAUAAAAAUAAUUUUACAACUAUGAGAUUUAAAGGAACACUGAGCACCAUAACUUCUCAAUGAAGUUGGUCCUAGGGGGCGUCAUACUUUAAGGGGUUAAUUUUUUUUUACGCAUGGUUUAACCCCAAAGUUGUGAAGACCGUGCUGGGUUCCGUUGAUGUCUAGGGCUUCAAAUAGGAACCACCGACUGGGCACUGCUGAGAGUAGCAACUGACACUAACUAGCCGCCUAUUCACAAUACUGUGUGAGAAAUUACAUAUUUUUCUUAGUGUUAGCUGAAGUCCUCUGCCUAUCGGCGGCACCCAAUCCUCUCCUUCCUCAUUGAAGCCUUGGACAUCGCUGGAAAGCAGGUUAAAAAGCAGUCGUCUUCACAACUAUGGAGUUAAAUUGUUUGUAAACAGUUUAGCCCCUUGGAUAUGGCAGCUACCAUGAUCGCCUGUCACCGUACCAACUUAAUUGAGAUUAAACCUAAUUAAGAUGAAAUCGUUAUGGAGCACGGGGUAUUCAUUAAGUGGAACAGUCCCAUUAUGUCAAAAGGUUUUCAAAUUUUUAAAUGACAGAAAACAUCAACAUUUUGUUAUGUGUUUAACUUUAAUAAAUUGCAUCAAAAUGAGUAACUAUUGUUUGAUUUCUAGUAACAGCAAGAACUUUCAAGUGUUGUUGCAUAAUGCUUAUAAUGAAAACAAAGUUCUGCCAUGUUAUUUUUUUUUCCGCCAUGUUAUUCACACUUCUGUUGUUUAAUGAAAAAUAUAAAAAUUAAUCUUUGAUAAAGAAAGUUACUAGGUGUUCAUAUUAUAUAUCUUGUUUUAAAAACUAUGAUUCAUUGCUGUUUACUUACAAUUAAAUUAGGUGAUUUUUUUUUUUGUUUAUUUAAAAUGUAAAGUAACAGACUGUUAUGUUGACUGUUUUGCUAAAAAGUUAAAUGCAGGAGUAAUUAUUAUCAUUUUAUUUGGAUAUGUUGGAAAACUGUUUAGUCUAAUGUUGUUGACCGAAUAAGCUAAAUUUAAUGAAAGACAGGAGGUGAAUAUUUGCUUUAAUUAUCCUUACCGAAUAGCAAAGAAAUACUUGACAGUAGUGAGAGAAAAAAUAACACAAUCAAAUAUAGACAAGCAGGAGGAAGCUUUCAAUCAAGAAUAGCAGUCAAACAUUAAACUUUAACUCAAACUGGAACAAAUAUAAAGAUGAAAGACUUCAUACUGAAAUGGCAUGUAAAAGGCAUGACAAACAUGAGAAAUUGACAUUGGAUAAAUCUCUGAGACACAAUGGAGUGUGAGGAUAACACAACAACUUGAAUAAGAUAUUGACAAAUAAAAAAAUAUCCAAAAGAAUUGAGUGAAAAUACUAUGGAAGGGAGAUAACCAAAUGGUGGGAAAAUAUUUAGAUUAUUCGGUCACCAAGUUUAGAAUAAUCCCUAAUUUUAUGACAAGACAGGAGGCUUCAAAUUUAAAUUUAUAACGCUCUUCUAGAGAAAAUGAGGCAUGAGAAGAGGGAUGAAAAUAAAAGGAUUGAAAGGUUGAUUCCUUUGACCAAUCUGUCGAGGAAAGGUCUAAGACUUUCCAGCCAGCAUGACAGCUGAGGCUGCUGCCCUUUAGACCGAAUGAUAUAUCAACACCAGCAAGGGCAAGGAUCUGUGGAAUCCAAUGGGCAGUCUGUGUGGGUGCACAUAUGAAAUAAGGAGAUGGCCGAGGUGGAACCAGGAAAGUUGGGUUUUAGCACAGCUAUAUUGUUAAACACAGAAGGACACACAGAGAGCUGGUUUAAGAUGGAAUAUAAGGGUAGAAAACAAAUAUUGAUAUGUAUUUCUUACGUUGAGAACUAGAAAAACAAAUAUAUGCCCUUUGCAGAAAACAAAAGCAUGAACAUAAAAUAUUUUCACAUCUGAAACACUAUGAGACUAAGCAUUAUAAAAGAGCUAGUUUGGCUGAUAAUUGUCAUCAAGACAGAUCAGUUUUAUCCGGCCAGGCUUUUAGAAAAAACUGGACCAAGGUAACAUCCUAAAAAUAGGAGUAUUUAGUUGAAUCUUGAAAUAAACGGCAGAUUAGGGGGUUCUUACCUACACAAGAACGUUUAAUAGGAAUAUGAGCUGAGCGAAAAAUUUUAAUAGUCUGGUAAUACUUCCCUUGCUCAAACAGAGAUGACAGGAAAUUGAUUAUGUUUCUAAUAGUUUCUGAAAUGGAAUCCAGGUUCCGUUCCACACCAGCCAUCCUAAACUUGCCAAGUUGAGAAGAUGUGUGGGUAUCUGGUGUCCAGGAGUCUGAGUAGUUCUUGAACCGCCGUCAGGAGGCCUGAGACUGACCAGGAUCCCUUGAAAUUAUCCUUUUGAAAGCGAUGAAGGUUGCCGGAUUUUAGAAGAGAACAAUGAAGGAGAGAGGGUGAUCCACUGAAAUCUCCAGUAGCACUGGGUUCCAUGGUUGAGAUGCCUUUGGGGAUGAUCAGCACGAUCUCUACAACAAGAAGUUUAAAGGUAAUGCAGGGUACGAGGUAGCCUUAAAAAGGAUGGAAAGGCAUAAACGCAUUUGUCUGGCAAGCAUUGAAGGAAGGCAUACACCUCCAGGCCGAAGGGAUCUUGGAGCCAGAUGAAGAAUUGGUCAUUUUGACGACUGAACAGAUCCAAUGAUCACCAUGCCAUCCAGACAGCCAGCGGUCGCCACCCCAUGGGUGCCCGACGGGGUUUGAACCUAGGUACUUUGCUGUCCUGCUCCUGCUAUCUAUCUUUGAGCCACAGCAGUUCCUGUUCAUCCUGGCUUGUCUGCAGCACUGGGGACUGGACUUCAUCUAUGGCUCUGCUUCACCUGAGAUUGCUCAGUCAUUAGCUGGGUAUAUAAGCACUGCCUCACCCUGGAAACAUUAUCAAGUCUUUGAUCGUGUUGUGUGUUUUGUUCCUGUGUUCCAGUCUCUUGAUCUUCUACUCCAAUUUGACCCUGGCUUCUGACUUUGUUUAUCCUGACCUCUGGCAUCCCUUGAUUUCGGCUACACUUCGGUAAUCCUGUCCUGGCAUCCUUUGAUUUCGGCUGUCCCUUGACUAUCCUGCUGUUUGUGUCCUUGUCCGUACUGCAUUGGAAUCUUCUUUCCUGCACAGCCCUCAUGCACAAAUUCACAGUUCAGGUGGCUUCUCUGGCUAACCUUGGACUGUGUCUGUCUGCAAGUGUGAGCAACAUAUCUGCACUACAGACUCCCAUCUCAGGUAAGAACCCUGACAGUAAUGAAGUAAGGCAAUGAUCUGCGAGUCUAGAUUCCAAGUUCUUCCCGUGGCGAAAGACCCAGUCCGUCACAAGGUUGUUGGAAUCCAAAGAUUUCUGCAGAAGAGAUACAAUUCCUUCAUAAAGCCUGAAAAAAGUUUGAAGUUCAAGCUGCCCAAUCAAUUCAUGUAGCGGAUUGCAGAGAUAUCAUCUUUGUGUAGAACCAGUAAACAAUCCGAGAAGUCUAUCACAAAAUUGCGAAGUGCAAGCAAGUCAAUCAAUUCCAAGCAAUUUAUGUAAAGAGACUAUUCCUCUGCUGAUCCUCUGAAACAACCUGCACAUUUUGUUCUUCUUUCCAGGGUUCUGGGGUUCAAUUCGAAGAUAACGUCUAAAAAUCGCUUUUCCAUUCUAAGCUUCCAUGCAGCAUAGCCACCAUUGAAGUGGACCUCCUGACAGGGUAAUCAAAUGAUCGUAAGAAUUGAGGUCCUCCCAUUAUUCAUUUUCAUCCAUUGCAUAGCUCGAUAUUGCAGAGGGCCAGGAAAGAUUGCCUGUAUAAAGGAGGAGAGGAGACUGAUCAUUUUGGUACUGAAGUCAAAUUUACAUGGAGUUUAGUAAUUUGCGAAUAUUCUUCUUGAUAGACUUCAUGGACAGAGGCAGUUUGUGGACUUCUGAAAUUGAAUCUGUGGAAAAACUCAGGGACACGGACGGUCUCGGAUGGCUGGAUUUCUGACUUUGAUGUAUUGAGAAUGAAUCCUAGAUUCUGAAGGAGGGUAAUCACCAUAUUCGUGUGCUCUCAUUGUGUCUGGACCUUGUACCAGAAGUAUGAUGUUUGCCAAAUAAAUGAUGGAUUGGGCUCACUGUACUCGAAGGAAGGCUAUGAUGGGUUUCAUCAGCUUGGUGAAGCACCAUAAGCUCAAGCUGGACAGAAAGCAAGCGAAUUGCCAGAUUUUAUACUCCCACAGAAAGCUUAAAAGGUUGAAUCUGUAGGAAUUGUAAGAUAUGCAUCCUUGAUGUCAAAGCAAGAAAACCAACUGCCUUCGAAGAGAAGGUUGUGUUGGAAAUGGAUGCCUUCCAUGUUGAAGUGACGGUAUACAAUGAAAUUGUUAAGUUCUUACAAGUUUAUGAUUGUAAGAAAAUAUCUGGUAUCGUUCUUCACCAGAAAGAGAUUGCUGAGAAAUAUGUGGGUGUGCUUAUUAUUCAAUGGCCACCAUGAUGUGGAAAGCUGACCGUUAAUUGUGUAGGAUGGCCAGAUUGGAAGAAGACCUGUGCAGGGGAAUUGGAAGAUGGUGUGGCGUUGGGAAUCUGUGUGAGGAAUGGUUGGUGUCUGAAAGAUUGGAACUUGUUGGAACCCCAGUUGUCAACAAGUGUAGAUAACUGCAUGCUUGAAGUCCUUUAUAAAUGUAUUGCCAAAACAAAGGCUGUUGGCCAAUUUGGCAACUUGUCUCCACUCAGUAAAUAUUUCUACAUUUUCAUUGGCUUGCAAACAUAUCAAAUUAACAUCAAAAGGUUGACCAGAGAGAGCUUUGUAUGCCAGGAUAAAAUUUGGCUGAGGGGACCUGCCACAUCCAGUAAUUUAUCUUGGGCCGACUAAAGCCUCUUUUAUCACGACCCGAUUUACUUAGAAAAUUUACCAGUACGGGAUCAAACUCUGAAGUAUUAGUUACUUUGUUUUGGAUCAUUGGCCUCGUGCAAGCUGUCCUCAAUCUAGCACAUACCUUCUUGUCAAGAGGUUGGUGCAGCCUUAGUUUCAGGUAGUUGACAAUGUGGAUUGGAGGUUUCCAAUUGGCUGAACGUUGUUGGCAUAUUCGUGUUUGAUCAGAGGACGAUCUUUAGUAUCGAGCAGUUCAAUGUUGUACUUGUCAGUUGUUCAAGGUGGAUUUGUCAGAAUAUUAGUUGUCUUGGAAGAUUUAUUAAUCAUUGUUUUCUUGAUGAAAGGAGAUGGUAGUGGUAUCUAUAUCUUGUAAAGUGUUAGCAUCUUCGUCUGAAUAAUCAGUGCAGUAUUCAUGUAUAACUACCAUGUCAUAGGAAGUCAACACUUCCAGGGGAUCCCAAUUUUCUAUGUGAUAAUGAUAGGUGAGUCUGGAUGCUUUGGCAUCAGUGUGACACUUCCACGGGCUCUUUCUAGAAGAGGUUUCAUGGUCUGACUGGUGAGAAUCGAGUCUGAUGCAUGUGUGUCAUCAGUGGAACCAGAAGGGGUUUGGGUAUUACAAAAAGCAGCUAGGACUAGUAAUAGUAUCUGAAAUCAUGACUAUUAUCCACAACUUUAGUUAUUCUGAAAGAGCAACAUCAGGAUUCUCAGUAAUGAUAACUGAUCGUAUCCUUAAAGCGGCACUGUCAUGCCGUACUUACCUUUCCCCAAUCGAUUCCUCUUCUCUCCCUCUCUCAGGAUCUGUUCUUCAUUUCUUCCUUUCUGCUCUAGUUUUCUUUAAAACCUAAGAAAAAGUAGGGAUUAUUUCUCUUAUGGAGGUUUCCUAGGCAGUGACCAGCGGAGGAGCAAAGUGUGCUUCGUUUCCGGUGGUCACAGCAAUUUUCCCACAAUCCUUACAUUUCAUCCCUGUUUCCGCGAUGCUUCCUGUCACUUAGACAGGACGCCGGCAAAACUGCCGAAUUGCGUUCUAACAGUUUCUCCACUUUGUUCGGAUCGGAAUUUCAUUAGGGGGGGGGGGAGGGCGACCUACUGAUAGCCUACUUAAGCUAUCAUCUCUUUAAAGCGGCACUGUCAUGGCCGAAUCCCGUUUUUUUUUUUUUUUAAACCACCCUCCCUACUCCACUACAUCUAACUGACCCCCUAGUCACCCCCAAGUGCCGCUAAGCCCCCCAUAUUACCUAUUUUUUAUCUUUAUUUUCUGCCCCGAUCUAUAUUCAGGGCGCCGCCAUCUUUGUGUCGGUAGAGGAAGUCCCUGUGGGACACGUCAUCUGCCCACACAAGAUAGCGUUGUGAGAUUCCUGCACAUGCCCAGUGAAACACUUGGGCAUGCGAACGGGAAUUUCAUCUAUUCAUUCAUUCGUCAGAAAGACGAAUGAAUGAAUAGCAUGGUCAGGCGAACAAACAACACCGAAUAUCAGUGUUCGUUUGUUCGUGCAGUUUAUUACAAGGAGGGAGCUACCAGCAGCUCCCUCCUUGUAAUAUGUAAAGAUAGAAGCGUCAGGGAGCUUAUGAAGUGUCCCCGUCACUUCAUAAGCCCCCCCAUGUCUUUCCUCAAUAUGAUGCCCAUAAUAGCAUAAUGGAGAUUAAAAUCUCCCAAAUGCCCCUACUCACUAUACCGCGAGUAGGGACAUGUCUAGUAAACAGUGAGCAGCCCAAAAAAAAAAGCAAGCCCUAGUACCCUAAAGGAUAAUGGGGAGGUGGACCUAUUUUCUUCGCCCCACCCAUGAGCGGUGGGUGGGGGCCAUAAAGAUAAUGAGGGGGGGGGACUUACUGUCCUACCCCCUGCCCCCACCCCUGAGCGGUGGCUGGGGGCCAUAAAGAUAAUGGGGGAACCUACUGUCCUCCCCCACCCUUGCGCGGUGGGUGGGGGCUAUAAAUUACAAUGGGGGGGGACCUACUGUCCUCCCACCCUUGAGCGGUAGGUGGGGUCCAUAAAGAUAAUGAGUGGGGGACGACCUACUGUCCUUCCCCGGCACCCACCCUUGAGCGGUGGGUGGGGUCCAUAAAGAUAAUGAGUGGGGGACGACCUACUGUCCUCCACCCAGCCCCCACCCUUACGCGGUGGGUGGGAGCCAUAAAUUACAAUGGGGGGACCUACUGUCCUCCCACCCUUGAGCGGUGGGUGGGGUCCAUAAAGAUAAUGAGGGGGGGGCCUACUGUCCUUCCCCCUGUCCCCCACCCAUGGGCGGCGGGUGGGUUCAUAAAGAUAAUGAGAGGGGACCUACUGUCCUCCCCCCACAUCCACCAAUCAGAGUGUUAUGAGUCAAAUUACACAGCGUGGUAAAAUUCCAAAGAAAUUUCCCACGCUGUGUAAAAUGACAGAGCACUGUGAUAGGAUGGAUUUCAAGUCACCCAAUCGAGUGCUCUGUGUCAUUUUACAUAGCGUGGGAAAGUUCUUUGGAAUUUUACCACGCUGUGUAAAAUGACAAAGAGCACUCUGAUUGGCUUAAACCAACCAAUCAGAGUGUUCUUAGCCUAAUUGCAGGGCGGGGGAAGGCUUUAUAAACCUUCCCCUGCCCUGCAGAGCUCAGUCUGCGCGGGGCCCUCCAUGGGUUUAGAAGGAUUAUUUUUUUGGCGCUCUGGUUUUUUAUUUUAUUUUAACUUCGAUAGGUAUAAUGGUUUUUUUAUUUGGCCUUUUUGGGGGCUGAAAAAUGAAGAUUUUAGAAAAAAGAUGUCGUCAAAUGGUAAGUUUAAUUUUUCUACAGGUUAGUUAUUUUAUUCCCCCUCACUAUUUUUUAGGGUCAGGGGGGUCGGUAGGGGUUAACCUUUUGGGGCUGGGUGACUAGGGGCUUGGGGACCCCUAGUCACCUUUGAUGGGGGACAAUUUGUCUUAGGGCCCCACCACUAGGUGGGAGGUUCCCUCCCCCCCUUAUAAUCUUUAUGACCCCCACCCACCGCUCAGGUGCGGGGGCCGGGGGGGGGGAGGACAAUAGUUCCCCCCUUCUCUCCCCCCGUAUUGUUAUUUAGGGCCCCCACCCGCUGCGCAGAUAGUGGGGGCCAGAUAGUAGGGUUUGUUUUUUAAACAGUGAGCAGCCACAGGCUGCUCACGGUUUAGUAGACAUGCCCCUACUCGUGGUAUAGCGAGUAGGGGCCUUCGGGAGAUUUUAAUCUCCAUUAUGCUAUUAUGGGCGUCAUAUUGACCCCCAUAGAGUGAGGGAGGACAUGGGGGGGCUUAUGAAGGGGACACUUCAUAAGCUCCCUGCCGCUUCUAUCUUUACAUAUUACAAGGAGGGAGCUGCGCGCUGGUAGCUCCCUCCUUGUAAUAAACUGCACAAACAAACGAACACGGAUAUUCAGUGUUUGUUUGUUCGCCUGACCAUGCUAUUCAUUCAUUCGUCUUUCAAGAGAUGAUAGGUUAAGUAGGCUAUCAGAACCGGAAUUUCAUCUAUUCAUGCAUUCGUCAGAAAGACCUCUUUGUUCCUUCAUUUGGUUUAUUACAAGGAGGGAGCUACCGGCGCACAGCUCCCUCCUUGUAAUAUGAAACAUAGAAGCGUCAGGGAGCAGUGCUCCCUGCCAAUUCCUAAGCCCCCCAUGUCCUCACUCUGUGGGGGUCAAUAUGACCCCCAUAAUAGCAUAAGUUAGGGGCAUGUCCUCCAAACAGUCUGAUAACUGUGAUAAAAAAAACACAACCUUGUGGCUCCCCUCCCGAGCCCGCAACCGCGCUCUGUGAGUGGGGCCUAUUACAAUGAAGGGAGGGACCUAGCGUCCCCCUGGCACACACCCAUAAGCGGCAGGUGGGGACCCUAAAUGGAGGGUGGGUGGCUAUUUUUAGGGGAUACCAUCUGGGAGGAGAUUGCUUCCCAGACUAAUUUAUAUGCUACGCAAUUUUUUUAUGCAAAUCCAGGUAGCUUUGUAGUCAGGAAGCAUGCUUGGCAUCCCACAAAUGUCCCAGAAUGCUCAUGGGGAUAAUAAAGAAGCCAUCAAUCCGCUCUUAGGGGUGGCAACAACCCAAUCUGUUCUAGUCCUAUAUACUCCCAAACAAUGUCUUUAGCAAGAUAUGAGUUGGUGCUGAGAUACUUACAUUUAAACGACAAUACCCUCUGUCACCCCAGGGAUCACCCCCAAUAUGAUAGGCUUCAUAAAAUACGCCCACUAAUAGACCAUCUUCAGCAUAGAUUUUCUGAAGUUUAUACUCCCCAGCAAAAUGUAUGCAUUGAUGAAUCCAUUGAUGAAAACAGUGCAUUUCCUCAAAGCGCGCUAGGUAUGGCGUCAAAUUUUACAGAUGUGCGAGAGCGAAAGUGGUUAUAUGUUUGCCUUUCGCGUAUAUGAUGGGAAAGAUGGUUAACUGGACCCUCCUGGCUUCCUGACUCUCUGGGGCCAAGUGGGAAAAUAGUUUGGGACCUACUGAUCCCCUUGUUCAAUAAGGGUUAUCACCUUUAUGUGGACAAUUUCUAUAGCAGUUUCCGUUUGUUUAAAUCGCUUUAUGGUGUGCAGACACUGGCCUGAGGCACUGUGAGAAAAAAUUCCAAAGAUUUCCCCAGACCUUUCAUAGAGGCCAAAUUAAAAAAAGGUUAAUGCAAAGCUCUGCGCAAAGCUGAAGUGCUUGCAAUUAAAUUUAAGGACAGGAAGGAUUUUAACAUGCUAACCACCAUUCAUGACGAAAGCAUGUCAGACGUCACUGUCCGAGGCAGAGUACAUUCCAAACCGGUUUGUGUCAGGGCUUAUAACAGGCACGUGAGGGGGGGAGAUUUGGCUGAUCAGCUGAUGUAGCCAUAUCUUAUUUUAAGAAAAACUAAAGCCUGGUAUAAAAAGGUGGCUAUCUAUCUGAGGCAAGUAGCAACCCACAAUUCGUUUUUACUUUUUAAAAAAAUGAAUCCUGGAAGAACCACCUUUCUCCAAUUUCAACUCAAAGUGAUUUCAGCAAUUAUUUAUGGAGAUGGUUCCGUUGAAGUUCCAACAACGGUGCCAGAGGAAUCGAGAAUUGGUGGUAUGCAUUAUAUUUUUUAAAUCCCGCCAACUGCAAAUAAAACUAAUCCCCAGAAACGUUGCCAGGUCUGUUAGAGAAAAGGGAAAAGGUCAGACACCCCCUUUCACUGUACCGAUUGCCUUUCAAAACACGCAUUGUGUAUUGGAACAUGUUUUAAGCUCUACCACACAGAGCAUACCUUUUUGUAUAACUUGUUCCUGAAUUAUUAUUUUUUUUUAUUUCUUUUGAAAGCGAAAAAUUUAAGUUAGUCAGUUUCCUUCCCCCAAAUCUCCAUUAGAUUCUUUUUGCAGGAGUUAGUUUAGAGAUUGCUACUUAAGGUGCAUUUGACACCUGCACAUUUGGUUAAAAAAGUUAAAGUAUUCUGGCAGAAAUCUAAAAGCAAUGUGUGUAUAAAAAACAGAAUUAAAAAAUUACCACCACACACUUUUUUGGCCAAAAUGGUUAGGGAAAAGAAGUCAAAACCUUGGAUGUGUAUUCUAUAGAAAUAUAUACUUUCAAACCCUAAAUUCAACUUGGAGGAUGGAAAAAUGCACCACACUCAACAUGUGCCUAGCAAAGCAAGCAAACUAUAUUCAGCCAAAAUGGGCAAGUCCAAAAUUUGUUACUGUAAAAUCGUGGCAAACCAAUGCAUGGGGGGCAUAGGUGUACUCAGGGGACUUUGCAGAAAAAAACUGUGGUGUUUUCUGGCAGUAACAUAUAACCAGCUGGCUAAAAUAAAAAAAGAGAGAAUUCACAAAUUAUCACCAUGCAGGUUCUCUGAAAUUAUUUUAGCACAAUAGUUGGGGAAAGAAUGUAAAAACACCCCAUAUACAAUACCCUGGAUUGUCUACUUGGUAAAAAUAUAUACUUUCAUGAUGGUAACACUAACUUGGGGAUGCAAAAAUACACCAAACUGAAGAUAGACCAAGCAUACCUAUAUAUGAAAUUGAAAAACUGACAUGCACAAGUCUCUGUCGUGGCCUUUUAGCCCAGCAAACCUAUGUAUGUCACCUAUACAUAUUGGGGUGUUGCUUUGCAAUGAUACAUAACAGGAUGUGUUAAUUCAUGCCUAAAGUACAAAGUGUAUGAAAAAAAACACGAAAAUAAUUACUACCCAAAAGUUUGACAAAAGCUGGUGGUAGAAGUCAGUGCAUAAAAAGUGUUGAAAUACCACCAUUUAACCCCUUAAGGACCAAACUAAUGGAAUAAAAGGGAAUCAUGACAUGUCACACAUGUCAUGUGUCCUUAAGGGGUUAAAAUACCCUGGGUUGUCUGCUUUUCAAAAAUAUAUAGUUUGAUGGGGGUAAAAUACAUUGGUCCAAAUAGGAUAUGGGUGCAAGUUGACUACAUGUCAAAAUUCCAAGUUGGAAAACAGUUAUGCACACCUGCCAAAUGUGGCCUUUUAGCCCCUUAAACACCCGACAAGCCUAUGCUUGGGUGGCAUCACCGUACUUGGGAGAUGUUGCUGAACACAUAACGGUGUGUUGUUUGGCAGUGACACAUAAAAGGAUCUGUUAAUUCAUGCCUAAAGUAAAAUGUGUAUGAAAAAAACAAAAAUAAUUGCUACCCAAAAGUUAAGGCUGGUGUUAGAAUUCAGUGCAUGAAAAAUGUUAAAAUACCACCAUUUAAAAUACCCUGGGUUAUCUACUUUUCAAAAAUAUAUAGUUUGAGGUGGUGGGGCUGGGCCGCCGAGCCGCAUGGAAGCAGACUAUCAGAGCUCCGGGCCCGAGCCGCACUAAACCCACAUAUGCGUUGCCUCAAAGCCGGAUAUCAGUGCACAACUAAACAGAGAAUCAUCUCAGCUCCGUUUUAAUACCGAAUAUGACCUUAACAAUGCACAGGGAGCGCUGAAACUGACAUAGUCGGCCUACCAACCUCCACAAGCAACGACAUUACACAAGUAAGAUCCUGCAACAGAUGAAUACAUGGAAAAACACACAUACCGGAGACACCUGCUGUUAUGGAGGGCAACGCCGGCUCGGGGCACGGCCAAAUGCAAAUGUGACACGUGGUACAACCUAUAUUGAAAUUGUCCUUAGGACGUUACAAGUGGCUUCUGCGAGCACAUAAGAUAUUGGCACCCUAUAGCAUCCAGAGGCUAUCUGGUACGCUGCUGUAAUUUGUUAUAUAUCUUCUGACCUAUAUUACGCUUACAAUAAAAAGGCAAAGCUUACUUAAUUACAAAUAAGGUUAUACUGAAAGCUUCACCGCAUGCUUAGUUAAACACAACUCAACCACGUAGUAAAAUACGAGGCCCCAUUUUGAACUUAGCCACUGCAGAAAAAAAUAUAUGGCAAUAAUAAUAUGAAAAGUGUACUACAUUACAGUGCUAUAACAUGCUAUGAUAAACUUGUACACAUAUCUAUCCAUGUUUUUCCAAAACGAAUGCAUUGUUUACGCUUUAUCCCCUGCGUGGGAAAACUGCUUAUUGUUGACCUCAAUAAAAACAGAUUUAACACAAACAUAUAUAGUUUGAUGGGGUAAAAUACAUUGGCCCAAAUAGGACAUGUGCGUAGGUUGACGACAUGUCAAAAUUCCAAGUUGGAAAAUGGAUAUGCGCACCUGCCAAAUGUGGCCUUUUAGCCCCCAAACAACCCGAUAAGCCUAUGCAUGGGUGGUGUCACUGUACUCAGGAGAUGUUUCUGAACACAUUCGGGUGUUGUUUGGCAGUGACACAUAACAGGAUCUGUUAAUUCAUGCCUAAAGUACAAUGUGUUUGAAAAAAAACACAAAAAAUUACUACCCAAAAGUUUGACAAGGGCUGGUGGUAAAUUCUGUUUAUGAAAAGUGUUAAAAUACCACUAUUUAAAAUACCCUGGGUUGUCUGCUUUUCAAAAAUAUAUGGUUUGAUGGAGGUAAAAUACUUUGGCCGGCUUAAAAAAUUUCCCAAAUAAGACAUGGGUGCAGAUUGACUACAUGUCAAAAUUCCAAGUUGGAAAACGGAUAUGCGCACCUGCCAAAUGUGGCCUUUUAGCCCCCUAACAAUCCGACAAGCCUAUGCAUGGUUGGUAUCACUGUACUCCGGAGAUGUUGCUGAACACAUAUUAGUGUGUUUUUUGGCAGCAACACAUUGCAUUAUCUGUGAAUUUAUACCUGAAUUGCAAUGUAUGUGAAAAAAAUAAAUGAAAUAUGCGAAGUUUGACAAAGAUUGGUGAUAAAAUGGCUGCAUAUUAAGUGUCAAAUAAUGCUUAGAUGAAUACCCUGGGUUUUCUACUUUAAAAAAAAAAAUGUACAUAUGGGGUGUUUUUCAAAGGUUUAUGACAGAUAACAGUGUUACAAUGUCACUAUUUUAAAAAUGUAUAUUUUGAAACAGCAAUAUCAUACUUGUACUUAUAGCCCUACAACAACAAAAAAAAUGCCAAAAAAAUUUAAAUAUUGAGUGUUUUUAAACUCAGGACAAAAUUUUGAAUCUAUUGAGCAGUUUUUUUCAUUAGCUUUUGUCGAUGAAUAAAAGAUUUUUCAAGUAAAAGUCAAAAACAUGUUUUUUUUUAUUUUUCACCAUAUUUUAUAAUUUAAAAAAAAUUUAAUUAUAUGACAUGAUAGAAAUAUUGGUUUGUAAAGAAAGCCCUUUUUGUCCUGAAAAAAAACAAUAUAUAAUUUGUAUGGGAACAGGAAAUGAGAGAUUAAAAUUACAGCUAAACACAAACACUAGUGAUGUUCCGGAUGGUUCGCCGCGGACUCAUCAUUGAGUAAUCUUUGACCCUGUACCUCACAGUCAGCAGACACAUUCCAGCCAAUCAGCAGCAGACCCUCCCUCCCAGACCCUCCCACCUCCUGGACAGCUCACUAAGAAUGCAGCUUCAAAAUGGAUGCUGUCCAGGAGGUGGGAGGGUCUGCUGCUGAUUGGCUGGAAUGUGUUUGCUGACUGUGAGGUACAGGGUCAAAGUUUACUCAAUGAUGAGUCCGUGGCAAACCGUUCGGGACAUCACUAACAAACACCACUAAAGUGUUAAAAUUGCUCUGGUCCUUAACGUACAACAUGGCCAAAACAGGCCGUACCUAAAGGGGUUAAAUAUAACCUGACCUUGAAAAAAACAAAUAACACACCUUUCCUUUUCCUUCUUUUAUUUCUCACUUCUCUCACAUUCUCCUCUCUUACUUUCAGGCUUGCACCUCUCCUUUAUCACUUUUAUUUACCGCCUUUAUUUUUUGGGCAUUCAAGUUCUACUCCUCCCCUUUCUUCAGGCUCUUCAGCCCUUCUGUUUCUUGCUAUGCUGCCUGACAAAUUUUGGCACAAUGUCAGACACACAAACAUCAUAUGGCUAGACUGCUGAAAUUACAGACUCUACCUAAAGCUGGCUUACAUUUCACAACUUGUUUCAAGACCUCUCUGUUUACAAUAUAAAAUUAAAAAAAAUACCCCUAACACCUGUACUGUAUCUAAUGCAUCCUGACAUUCCCAUAAUGAUAAUCUUUACAAUAAAUUAAGUAAAUAAAUUCUAAAUAAUGCCAGGCACAAUCUCACAAAGUGCAUUACUUAAAAGAUAUGCUAAUGUCUUGGUGUCAGAUACAUGACAUGUUCAGAGGUUUUGUGGAGAUCAUGCCUCAAUGUUUUUGCAUCAUGAGUGGGGCAUAUAUGAUUAAGCAGGUGGUUUCAAGGUUGUGACUUAACAGUGUAUAGCCGAGUUAGGAUAUAAUUGUCUUAGACAAACCUAUAUAUAACCCUUAUAUAAACCUAAAGUAUCAAUUUAACAGUUGAGUGCAUCUACACUUGUUGAAGUAGAUCUGACGUAUAUUAAGUGAUCCUGUUAGAUUUAGCUGUUAUUGUUGUCUAUUCCUAGGUAGAUGGGUGGUGACCUAUGAACCUGCAGUUAAAUGAGGGUCUGAGUAAUAAAUUGCAAUUUCGUGUUCCCACUCCUAUUAACUAUUAACCCAUUACGUGUUCUUCUUUGCCUACUGCGCUGGGGUUAGAGAGUGGGAGAUGUCUGCUUUUCAAGCUCUAGAAUUCGAGACCGCUAUCUCUGCUCCUUUUUCGAUCUUAUCCAGCAUUUGCCCAUAGCCUGGUAUAGUGGAAAAUAGUUAAUAAUUGAAGAGGCCACAGUUGUUUAUGUAUUAUGCAAUAGCAAACUCUCUGGGAUGCGUUUCUCUUAUAUAAUCUUCUAGCUGUAUAGUCUUCCCUGACAAUUUUUAUCAUGGCAGUAUUUACUAUACUCCUGUCCAUGUUUUUUCAAAUUUGUACUUUCUUUGCCUACAUUGGAAUAACAUAAAAAUAUUUCCUAAUGCAAUUUUCCUUUUUUUUCCUGUACCCUUACUCAUGUACUGUGAAAUACGAAACGAAAAGAAACAAAAAAACAACUUUUAAUCUAACCACUCAAGAUUGUAGCAUGCUUUUAAAAUAAUGAUUUCUGUGAGCAAGGCUGUUUUAGUUCUGUCACUUCUGACAUUAAAUAUAACCUGACCUUGAAAAAACACAUUGCACAUCUUUUUAUAAUAAAUGUUAAAGUAAUUUAGUAUGAAUGCAAAUGUGAGGAGGUCAACCAUGCUGUACAGUACAUCGGUUGUGUACUUCAUAAUUUGUCUUACAUUUUAUUUAUACUGCAUAAAAUCUGAAUAAUUAAAGUACUAUAGGUAGGCAGAGCAAGCUAAAAAAAAAAGUAUGAAUUAAUUUUGGGUAAACCUUGGAAAAUGUAAGAGAUGUAAAUGAUGUAUUAUACGUAAAAUAUUAACAUUCUUUAUUUAAGCAAUGUGCAUGUGUCAUUUAAAAGGUUACUACAAGCAUCAUAAUCACUACAGCCCACUGUAGUGAUUACAAUGGAAGGAGUACCCUGGCUUGUCCCCUUACCUGGGUUCCGAUCAGGCUCCAAGACUACCUGAUGGUCCAGUUUGCAGAAGCUGGAAGCUGCGGCUGUUUACAUUAAUUGACUGAGAGCAGCAGCUAACCGCUCUCGGCAAAUGACUUUCAUUCGGUGCAACUAAAAUUAACAAGCCCGGAUACCCCUUUGAUGCUGCUGGAUUUAGAGUUACAUCUUUGGCAGCGAAGGGGUUAAUCUCCAUAUGUGCGCAUUUAAAAGCAAAAUGCUGCACAUACAGACUCCAGGCACCAUAACCCCUUCAAAUCACUGAAGUGGUCGUGGUGCUUGAGUCAACCCUUUUAAAAAAAUAAUUCACAUAGCAAAAGUGAACCUCAAAAGUUACAUAGGUUUAUAUCUGGUAUAGCAGAUGGAUACAGUGUAUGUAUAUGCUUUACCAGCGAGCAGCUAAUCUUUGUGUGAACACUGGUUUUCAGCCAGUAAAAAAAAAAAGUAACAAAAUUGGAAACCUGUUCGCAAUUUUUAGCUUCUAGUAGCUACAGUCUAUUACUGGACGGCAUAUGGCAGCCAUUUGCUGACAUGUUUGGAAAAGAUUUAGAAAGUAGAUAGAUGUAACGCAUGGGUGUCCAGCUUCUCAUGACAUUUAUUGCAAAUCUAUUUUCUUCUAUUGUGUUACUACAUCAAAAGGUAUUGCAAGUAUAUGUGUGUACAUCUGCACUUCAAAUAUAAUGCAUUAAUAAAAAAGUCCAAGGUACAAUACAAUGUGGUAAUCAGUAUAUAACCAGGGGAUGUGAUCACUAGGUUACAGAACCAGGGUGGAACGCACUGCCAUCUUUGGUCUCUGAGGAACACGGAAGUUAUCAGUGGAACGCAUAAAAGUGCUCACUGGAACGCACUUCUGCCACCUGCAUCGGCUGGAGAAGUAACAACACCUGGAGGGAGGAUGAAAUAAUGGCAAUGAGAGAACAGGUGAUUCAAGGAAAACUUUGACCAAUUGGACCCAGAAAGUAAGAAAACGCACAUGGAACCACCAAUGAACUUGGGAAUUAGCCCUAUUUAAAGAUACUUGAGGGUGGAGGUUGUUAGGCUGUCUUUUUCCAGCAUUACUAUUCUGUGAUUGUCACUAAUUUUAAGGUCCCUGAGGAAGUCCCUAUCUAGACAACGAAACUCGAAGGGCCCAUUGUUUUUAUUCAUUUUUAUAAAUCAUUUCAUACUGGCUGUAUCUAUGUGAAAAAAGAUGCUUUUAAUAUAUAUUGACCACUCGGAGUCCUGAUUGAAGGUGGUUUAAACUGACCCAUGAAUGGAUAUUAUCUUCAACUGGGGAGCGUGUUUUUCACCUAACUCUAUGAGUGCAUUCAAUUAAGCGCAAAAAAAUUCAUUUUACUGUAUCCCACAAACAAGUGGGUCUUUUUGCAAUGUUUAAAAGUCAAAUUUGUCCCCAUAUUUAUAUUCAAAGUUGGAGUGCUUAUUUUCAUUCAUUUACCUUCAUUUACCCAGCCAGCUAUUUCCUUCUUCCUGGUUCACGUCAUUGUGUCAUUACGCAAUCCCACUCCUACAAAAAAAAACGUUAAUACAUCAACAGAUUUCUUUUGCCCUCAGUCAAGCACACUGCGGGCGCCAUCUUUCAUAUAUUUUUUUGCCCUCAUUUCAUACACAGACAUCGCAGGAGGCUUUCAAAUGCUUUAAAAUUAUGCUAUAAGUUAUAUAUACACCCUGUUCCAAAUUAUUAUGCAAAUGAUAUUUUUCUCAUUUACCUAAAUAAUUCAUGUAAAUAACAGUCAGCAUAAUGCUCAUGUUAUCAGCUAUUAAAAGUUCAAUUCAAAUUUUAUUGAACAAACCUCCUAAUGAUAACAGUAUUUUUUUUAAAACAUAAACUUACAAUGCACUGUUCCAAAUUAUUACGCACAGUAAGUUUCAAAACACUUUAUAGGUUGUGAAGAACUGACAAUUGUCAUUUGUUGUGUUUGCAGCAAAUUUACUGAAAUCAAAAGCUAUUUCAAUCAAACUUAUAACAACAUUUUAACUUUUUAAACAUUUUAACAGGUCACAUUACAUUUUAACAUAGGACCCCUUAUUUGAUAGCAGCUUCACAAGUCUUGCAUCCAUUGAACUUGUGAGUUUUUGGACAGUUUCUUGAAUUUGUUUGCAAGAUGUCAGAAUAGCCUCCCAGAGCUGCUGUUUGGAUGUAAACUGCCUCCCACCCUCAUAGAUCUUUUGCUUGAGGAUGCUCCAAUAGGAUUGAGGUCAGGGGAGGAUGGAGGCCACACCAUGACCUUCUCUCCUUUUAUCCCCAUAGUAGCCAUUGAUGCAGAGGUAUUCUUUGCAGCAUGAGAUGGUGCAGUGUCAUGCAUGAAGAUGAUUUUAUUACAGUAAGCAUAGUUCUUCCUUCUGUACCAGGGAAGAAAGUAGUCAGUCAGAAACUCCACAUACUUUGCAGAGGUCAUCUUUAAACCUUCGGAAACCCCAAAGGGGCCGACCAGCGCUCUUCCCAUGAUUCCGGCCUAAAACAUGACUCCACCACCGCUUUGCUGAUGUCCACCAACCAUCCACUACUCCAUCCAUCUAGACCAUCCAGGGUUGCACAGCACUCAUCACUGCACAGGACUGUUUGAAAAUUAGUCUUCAUGUAUUUUUCUGCCCAAUGCAGCCGUUUCUGCUUGUGAGCAUUGGUUAGUGGUGGCCAAAUAGAAGGUUUAUGCACAGUUGCAAUACUCUGGAGGACUCUACAGAGGCACCAGCAGCUUCAAAUAUCUGUUUGCUGCUAUGUAAUGGUAUUUUAGCAGCUGCUUUCUUUAUCCGAUGCAUGGAUCUGGCAGAAAUCUUCCUCAAUGUGCCUUUAAUCUCUUAAUAUCUUAAUAGUGCUAUGAUCACACUUAAAGGACCACUCUAGGCACCCAGACCAAUUUAGCUUAAUGAAGUGGUCUGGGUGCCAGGUCCCUCUAGGAUUAACCCCUUUUUUUAAUAAACAUAGCAGUUUCAGAGAAACUGCUAUGUUUAUAAAUGAGUUAAUCCAGCCUCUAAAGCCUAUAGUGGCUGUCUCAUUGACAGCCGCUAGAGGCAUUUGCGUGCUUCUCACUGUGAAAAUCACAGUGAGAAGACACCAGUGUCCAUAGGAAAGCAUUAUGAAUGCUUUCCUAUGAGACUGGCUGAAUGCGCGCGCAGCUCCUGCCGCGCAUGCGCAUUCAGCUGAAGAGGAGGAUCGGAGGAGGAGAGCUCCCUGCCCGACGCUGGAAAAAAGGUACAUUUAACCCAUUUCCUUGCCAUUCAGCCCAGCGGGAGUGGGACCCUGAGGGCGGGGGCACCCUCAGGGCACUAUAGUGCCAGGAAAACGAGUAUGUUUUCCUGGCAGUAUAGUGGUCCUUUAAGUUUUCAUGAAAUAUCUAAUGUUUUCAUACCUCGUCCAAGGCAUUGAACUAUUUCACUCUUUUCGGCAGCUGAGAGAUCCCUUUUCUUCCCCAUAUUGCAUGAAAAUGGUGCUCUGCUUAAUAAUGUGGAACACCCUCCUUUAGUAGUUUUUCCUUAAAUUGGACUCACCUGGCAAUCUAAUUAUCACAGGUGUCCUAUAUUUUUUUUUCAGUGAUCAAAAGAGCCCUGAGACACAAUGCCAUCCAUGAGUUAAACAGAAAAACAAAAUAUUUAAUCUUUGUGACAUUUAAAUAGAAUUUGCAUAAUAAUUUGGAACAGGGUGUAUUGUCCAUUUUAAUCUAACACAGAUAGUCCAUAGAAAUGGCAGCCAUCAAUUAUCAAAAUGUAGUUAAAAAUUCAAGUAUACACAAUCUGUAUUAAAUUUAAAUAAUUUCUAUAAAAGUUAAUAAAAAAAAGGUUUAUAUUAAAAAAAGAGAGCCCCUGUUCUAAAAAUAGGAGAAUCUGUGUCAUUGAAUAAAACAAUAAUACACAAAACUAAUUAAUUAGACCAAUUUCUGUAAAAGUUAAUAAAAGUUGUUGUUUUUUUGUCAAUCUUUAUUCGUUUUUUUUUUUUCAAGAUUAGUUAGAAAUACAGAAAUAAGAAGACAGUGAAACAAAAUUUGUCGUUACAGGCUUUCAAGUAAACAUUUCCCUCAUGGGAAUUCCGCAAUGCAAAAUUUACUAAAUGUUUUUUGGUUCAGGCUAGAGUUUCUUACGUACAAUCUCACACAAUUCAGCUUUCUGAAGCCAUCUGUACGAUAAAGUUAGCUCAGGUAUUGUGGUAUUAAAACCUUUUUUUAAUGCGAGGUUGCCCGGUCACUAUAGCCCAGGAUAUACCCGUAGUACUUCCCCAUAAGUUUAAAAAUGCAUUUUUAUCUUCUGGGAAUCCCGCGGUUACGUGGACUAGGGGAGUGUCUCAUCCAUCUUGAAGGUGUCUCCCCUGUCGUCCCCCUGCUCUGUCGUUCGUAUGGGUUAUACCCUUGGAAGGGAACAUGAGAGUAUAUUGGUCCUAUUUAAGAAUCGUAGGAGCACCUCAGACCUGAGUAUGCUCGAGGGAAGCUUCUAUUGUUAACCCAAUGUGUGUGUCACCUACUCAUCCAUUAAGCGAAGCUCACGAGGGAAGAAUGAAGUACAAUGCUAGAUCCAGGUAAAUUCCGUUUGAUAUUGGUGGGCUGAUGAGAUGAGAAAGGCUGGUGAAACAUUUCAGACACGUAUGAUAUGAUAGUUCAAAAGGAGGGAAAAAAUUAAUGUGGGGGAAGGAUGGGUGGGAAUAGAGUACACGUCCCCUGUCCCGCUGGCCUCGCCCGCCCACUCUGCCGCAUGUGUACUCAGAGCCAGUGCCUCCUAGUAAGAGAUGUUGCCAUCGUCUCACUCGGUUGGUUACCAGGUUCUUCUCUUGUGCACAGGUAUCACGUCCACGUUCUUCAGAUCUCCUCAUGUUUCUCCAGUCUUACACUCACCGCCUCUAUUUCUGGUUCCACCUACCUGAUCUUCUCCACUCUUUGGAGCCAGGCUUGAAACGUUGGCAGUUCUCUUUGCCGCCACAGAACUGGGAUCAGUGAUUUUAGCUGUCAUGAGUAGGUGAUUCGAUACUGCCUUUUUAUAUGUCGAUAUGGGCAGGGCUGAUUUGUUAAGUAGGAUAUCUGCCGGGUCAAAAGCAACUUCCUCACCAGCUACCUUCUGGAUCGCCUCAUAGAUUUAUUACCAGUAAGGCGUUAUGAGUGGACAGGACCAGAAUAUGUGGAGGAGAGCUGAGGGUUUGUGAUGCUUUUGUGUAAUGUCUCUUUAAUUGGAACUCAACUGCAGAAACAAUAAGUUUCACCUCCUUUAUUUUAUUGAAGUGAACAAGGUUGACUGCAUCUUUAAAUACACAUGCAAGGAAAAAAUGCAAUGCUUAUUUGUCAAAAGAAAAUAAAUACUAUAAUAAAUUAAUAUGACUUGCUUUCCUUGGCAAAAGUUUUACUUAACUUAGAAGUACUCUGGCACUGGAAGGGUUAAUUCACCGAAUGGAGGAAGAGGAAGGAGUCUCUUUUAACAAACUGCAGUUAGUAGUGAGAGAAAGGGAGUCCGUUUGUCCAAGCCGAGGUCUGAGAGAGGAGAAGGUAGAAAUCCGUUUACAAGCCGAGGUCUGAGGAGAGGAGAAGGCAGAAUUCCGUUUAUAAGCCGAGGUCUGAGAGAUGAGAAGGUAGAAAUCCGUUUACAAGCCGAGGUCUGAGAGAUGAGAAGGUAGAAAUCCGUUUACAAGCCGAGGUCUGAGAGAGGAGCCGGUAGCAUCGAGUAGAGCAGCUGAUCUUACUGCCGCACCUGAGUGAAUAAUCCAGCCCUUUGAAUCUUGUGCGGUCUUCCUAAGUAUCGUGGAAAGACCGCGUCAGAAAAAAGGGCGGAGCUAAGCGCCGUGAACCCGGAAGUGGGUUCCGGCGGCAGCAUGAAUGUUAGGUAUACCUGACAGUACCCCCUUCUCAUGGGGCAUCCUCUGGGUGCACUUAUUUCGGUUUAGAGGGGUAGCGUUUGUGAAAAGCAUCAACUAAUCUCUGUGCAUGAACAUUAGAUGAAUCUUCCCAGGUAUCUUCAUCAACUCCAUAACCUUUCCAUCUGAUAAGGUAUUGUAAAGAGCCACGGUGGAUACGAGAAUCCAAAAUCUUAUGAAUUUCAUAUUCUUCUUCACCUUGGACGAUGAUAGGUUCAGGAGUUGUUACUAUUUCUCUAUGGAAAGGAUCAGGGAUGUGUGGUUUAAGCAAAGAGACAUGGAAUACUGGAUGAAGUUUAAAACUUGGAGGAAGUUUUAAUUUAACAACGUUAUCAUUGAUGAUUGUAGUUAUUUGAAAAGGACCAAGAAAAAGAGAGCUCAAUUUCUUUGAAGGACGGUUUGUGGUAAUAUUUUUUGAAGAGAGCCAGACAAGAUCCCCCACUUUAUAAGGAGGGGGAAUUCUUCUUUUAUGGUCAAAAAACUUUUUCUGGUAGUUUUGGGCGAGUUGAAGAUUCUCCCGUAAUUUAAGGAAUAGAGAAGACAUAAAUUCAUUUUUUGAAGUAACCGUGGGAUUGGAUGAAGAAUUAGAUGGGAUGGGAAAUGAGGACGGAUGAAAACCAUAGUUGGAGAAAAAAGGAGUCAUUUUCGUACUAGAAUGAAUGGUAUUAUUGUAAGAAAAUUCAGCCAUAGGUAACCAAGUGGUCCAGUCAUCUUGCAGGUAUGAACAAUAACAUCGGAGAUAUUGUUCCAAACAUUGAUUAACUCUCUCUGUUUGCCCAUUAGUUUGGGGAUGAUAGGCAGAAGAGAGUUUGCGUUGAAUUUGAAGAGAGAGACACAUCUCUUUCCAGAAUUUGGAGGUAAAUUGUGUCCCCCUAUCAGAAAUAAUUUCUUCUGGAAGACCAUGAAGCUUUACAAUAUUAUCAAUAAAGACUUUGGACAAUUCUACGGAGGAAGGUAAUUUUUUUAAAGAGAUGAAAUGGGACAUUUUAGUGAAGCGGUCCACAACAACAAGAAUAGUGGUGAACUGUCGGGAUGGAGGAAGGUCAACAAGAAAAUCCAUAGAAAUGGAUUGCCAAGGUUUUUCUGGAAUAGGUAAGUUAAGUAGUAAUCCAAAAGGUUGAUUAUGUUCAGAUUUGGACCUUUGACAGAUAGGACAAGUUUUGACAUAUAAUUCAAUGGUUCUAUCUUGGCGAGGCCACCAAUAAUAUCGUGAAGUUAGUUCAAGAGUUUUCUUUAUUCCAGGAUGUCCAGCUAGGGGUGAAUCAUGAACCAUUUUGAGUAAUUUGUUCCUAAGAAUGGGAGGAAUAUAAAUCCUAUUUUUAAAGUAAAAUACACCAUCCUUUUUUGUUAAAUUAGGUGUUUUGGGAAGUUCAAGAUCCUUUUGAUUCAAGUUCCUUAAGUCAUCCUGAAGAGAAGAGAGGAUCCCUAUUAUUUUGUUAGGAGGAUAAACUUCAAUAGAAGUUUUAGAAGGAAUUCGAGAAAGAGCGUCAGCCUUUUUAUUUCUAGUUCCAG